ACACACCGACAUGCUCCAAAGUGGAGGCUGAGACACAACAGACACUUCAUGGAGUAAAAACUCUCAGGUAGCCAGACCCUCGGCGAUGCUUCUUCGACACCACUCCAGUGAUUGAUCACCGAUCACCAGGACAGAGGCAGAGCCCGCACCGCACCGCACAGCAGCGGAGACAGCAGAGCAGCGUGCCCUCCUCUCUGAGCUCCAGGUAAGACUCGAGAGCAGCUCCACUCUCAGGAAUGCGAGGACGGAUUGCUGCAAGACUUCGGGAAAUUCCUGAGUAACACUUAUUAUGCCAAACAAACAUGUGCUUUACUGUAACUUUUGUGAGAGAAAAAGAUGAAAUUGGAGCAAAUGUUGUUCUGAAUACAGAAAACCUGGGGAUGCAUACCAGGAGAAAGACAUUUUUCCAAUACUCACUCACUAAUCUGUGUCAAAUAGAUCAAAUCAGACCAAAUAUGGGGCAACUUAGACUUCUGUCCAUUUAAAAUGAUAUUUGUGGGACUGAGGUGGGGGCUGCAUCUUUGAAUAUGAAGAAAAUUUUUUGCAAAGUGCAGAAGAUUGACUGUAUUUCUGAUAGUCCUAUUUGCAUGACUUAAAUCCAGCCUACAUUUCUCAGGAACUGUUUUGAGCCGAGUCUGUGUGUAUCCCUAAACACAUCCUGGAGUGUGUGUGUGAAAGGUUCUGUACGUGUUGCUGCAAAGGUUGUCGCCCAAGGUGCAAGAAAAUAAGAUCGUUUCUCAUAUCACUAGCUUCACUGGAAGGCCCGGAUAGCUUUUUUUCUUUUUUUUUACAGCUGUAAUUGUUGAAUCCCAAGCAUGCAGAUGUAAACAUGACUGUGUGACACAACAGGCUAUUAGAGUGUGCAGUAGCCAAGGACCUUGGGUUAUUUUAGAUUGUUAUUGGCAGUGUGCUCGUGAACUCUGGGUUUUUGUCCUUGUGUUCAAGAAAGUCAGGAUUUGUGACCUCAUGCACCUUUCUCUUUCUGUCUGUAUAAUUGUUUUCUUGGUGCCGCCUGACUGUCCCGGGCCCCGGGGCCCCCGGGGGAAGUCCUGCCCGCAGACAGGCAGCUCAGCCCGGCUGGGGACAUGCCGGGUCCUGCCGAGCCUCUGAAGUCUGCUGGCUGGCUUUGAACUGUAGCUGCUGGAGGUGGAAAUCAAUCCGUCUCUAUCCCCCCUCCUCUCUCUUUCUAUCUCUCUAUCUGUGAUUCUUUCUCUCUUUUCUCUCUCUCCCUCUUUGCUCCUGCAGCCCCCAGCACAGUGUCUCCCCUGCCAUUGGAUCUUUCAUGUUCACAGGUAGAAAGGCAAAAGAGACACAGAGGAGGAACAGGGGAGGGAGUGUAACUCAUCUUCAAAAGAAGUUCAUAUGGUUUCUGAGGAUUAAAGGGAUGAAGGUGGAAAAACAGCUCACAAAGCCAGCGCCUGUAGUUAUGAUUAUCCUUUACUAGCCUGGAGUGAAUGGAUAAUUUGUUUACUUACUCACUAAACGCUGCUCAGUACCAGAUUUCAAACAAUGACCCUAUUUAUCCUGGAGUGAUGUCAUAGAAGGAUGAGCGUUGUGUUUUUCUUGUGAAAGUUAUCGUUGAGAUUUAUGUCACAGCUGAUUCUAAUCCACGCUGCAUUUCCAUUUCCCCCGUCCAGUAAUUUAUCGAGCUCAGGAGGCCUGUUAGGGUCCCAUGUUUCAAAACGCUUCACACAUCUAAGAGGAAAUUCCUCUAAACACGUCAGUAAGAGUUUACUCAUGGAAGCAAAGUUAUUUCAGCUCAUUAGGUCGUUAUAUUUAAUUUAUGGCAAAACUGCUCUGUGGAGACUUCUAUCCAAAAGGCUUUACCAGAACGAUCAACAUGUGCACAACUUCACAUCUUUGAUAUUGUGUAUAAUGCAGUACUGUAGUAAGUGUCUUUGAGGAUUAGACUUGAAGAUUUAAACAGUUAAUCUAGUGAUCCAAGAGAGGAUAAAUCCAACACAACAUUUCACUGUCAACUUGAUCCCUACAGGGGUACCUACAGUCAUUUUCAACGAUUUUAUUACCUCUGAAAUAUGUGAAAAAAUAACCACAAUCACAUUCUUCCUCCUUCUGUACUCAACUCAUCAUUGAAGUUGAACCACAGGGAAAAACCUAAGCUGUUCAAUCGGAUAAAGUUUUUCAGUAAACAACAUGAAAAUGUUACACAACUAAGUAUAAUCAAGGUAAAAUGUGUAUUUUUAUUGUUUGAUGUAUGAAGUAUUAAUAACUCAUUCUCAAGUAUUUAAAACCAUGGCUUGAGUGUACUCAGUGACAUUUAAGGUUUAUUUUGUAUUUUUUUGAACAAAGUAUCUUUUAUUAUCUUAAAUGAAAACACAAUACAAUUCAAAAUACAUUUUGUUAUACUCAAACAUAAUCCCACCCCACAAGUAACCCAACCCUAUUACACAUAUGUUGUUAUUAAUAAACUUUUAGUUAAUUAACCAUAUGUAUACAUAUAGAAAACGAAAGGGGGUCCGCUAUAUCUCAAAAAAUUUAUUAGGGGUCAAUUUUUUUCAGCUCAUGGAGAAGUGGUUGCCAGGUGCUGUAAAAUUUGUGCAAACAGCCUCUUGUAGUAUACCAAUUUUUUUUUAAACUCAGAUGAUGUGUGAGCUCGCUAUUCCAUCGACUAAAAGUCAGAGGAGACGUAUCUUUCCAUUUUAGUAAAAUAAGUGUAUGUGCCAGUAGUGAAGCAAAUGCUAUCAUGGUUUUACUAUGUAAGCUGAGAUUGAGAUUCUGUGGUACUGUUUCAAAUAUUGCUGUUAUAGCAAGAGGUUCUAUUAAUAGCCCCAAUGAAUAAGAGAAAAAUCUGUACACACACACACACAUAUGUAUAUACAGUACAUAUGUAUAUAGUAUAUAUAUACAUCUUCGUUUGGACAGCUGUUCUUAAUUGUGAAGUAUGCUGCAGAUCAGCACAUGCUCAACACAAAAUAGGCCGCUCUAUUAAUGCACACUAUUUACUAAAAGCCUCCACUGUUACUGUAAUCUCCCUCACCUUGUUUCAGAUUGCCACAUUUCUCAGCCAUCCUCCCUGUGCUGUGAAAACAAAUGCAAUCACCACCAGGAUGGUAAAGGCCAAGGCCAUGCACAGAUCUUUAAGAGUCCCUGAAGGGCUUUCAGCAGGUCCUUAGAAAAUAAGAGGUAGCUAUUUUAAUUACCAGCAAUAAUCUCAGCAAGGGAACAUGAAAGGAAGAAAACUUUUUUAAUCAUAAGUUUCACUAAUGCCACUAUUAUUUCCUCGAGUAGAGUUCAGGCAGUUUAACCAACCAACACUAAAUCAGUGGAAGAAACCUCUGCAUGAGGCCCCCGGGAGCAAGUGUAAUCAAAAUGAGGUUUGUGGUCUAAUUUGUGUCUGCAGUAGUGCGGAGACCUCUGUAUGGGGGACUUAAUCCAGUUAGUCAUUUUUUAUUGUAUACAGUCUGGCAACUAAAUGCUUAAGUUGUAGGAAAACAGAGGUCCUGAAUGAAGUUCAUAACAUCAACAUUCCUGGGUUUGUCCUCUUAGAGAAAUGUUAAAUAAGGUUGCUUUAUGCAGGAUGCUGCUCCAAAAGGACAACUCCAACUCUCUUCCUGACUCUGGGUUGUUUCUGGCUCUUUACAUUGUUGAUUAGGGGCUCUUUCAACCUGUCUGUCUGGCUGACCUUGUGCUGCUCACAAAGUAUUUGCUAUUCAAAGCAGGCAUGUCUAUUGUUAAAACUAUCAAUCCACUAAGUAUGAAUAUUUAUCGAAGAUACCUCCAGUCUCACAACCAUCAGGAGUGUGUGCUGUUCGGAGAAGAAUUACCCAACAACAGGAGACACAAGGCUCUGAGUUACACCCUAAAAAUUCUUCACAGAAAGUAAAAGGACUCAGUAUUUGAGUUGGAUCAAUACUAGAUUUAGUUUAUAUAUUUCUGAUUUUGCAUGUUUCUUCAUUCUUUAUGUGUUGUUGUAAAAGCUGUGUUGUCUGCAGUCACCUCGAGCCUGUGAGGAAAAGCGGAGCAAUAAAAUAUACAGAUUGGUUUCAGUCAAAGAUUAGACUUCCCACCUACAUCCAUUGCAAAAUAAACAGAGACAGAGACGAAGGGAGACGUUCUGCCCCUGCAGAGCUACAGAGGGGAACAAGGGAUCAGGGAGAGGAGACGAUGAAAGACAGAUCACCGGCAGGCAGAGAAUCAAAGAGCCUACUGACUGACUCGAGCUGGUAUAGGUGUGUGUUUUUUGCAGAGUGUGUAUGUCUGUGUGUGUUGUGUGUGACUUCUUUUCAUGUGCCCUGAGAGUUUGUUUUUGUGCGCAGAGAGUGGGAAGCUGACACUAACUCUGUAAUUAAAGCAAUCAAAAGAUGAAGAGAGAUGAAGAAAUGUAACACACACGUGAAUGCAUGUGCAUGUACAGAAACACACACAUACACACACACACACGUUUCAUUAUGUGGUAUUGAUGUGGAAUUACUGUAGGUGUGUUUGCUGCUGCUCAAAGAAAAAAAUCAUCCCAUCUUCAAAUAUUGAAGUUAUUUUUCAAUCUUCCAUCUCUUCUUCCAGAGGAAUCCGUUUAAAUGAAUCACAGUCUUUAGAUGACACCCAAGCCAUCCUCCCUCUGUGUGUCCCAGUUACAGCAGCACUCCAGUCUGAUUUGUCAAUUGAAGCUAAGCAUGUUUUGACACUCCUCUGCAAAUACAUUUCACACUGAUAAAGCCUGACGCUGCAGCAGGAAGGAAAUUGAGUAAAUGGAUAUUUAGUCAGCAGAUGAGAGCCAGCUGCCGUUUGAGGUUUGCGUCUGUCUCCAAAGUUGGAAAUCACUUUAAUCAUGGGUUGAUUUUCACAUCAAAGUGAGAUGGUAAUCGUGUUGCAUAUGAGAUUUAUCUGUUUCUGGCUCAUUAGGUUCCUGACAGCAGAGACUUGCUGGCUACUUUGUCCAGUGAGUUUGACGCCCUUCAGCACUAAUAAAGACUGAUCCUAGCUUAGAGAAGAACAAAAUGUGAGCUGACAUUGAAAAGAUUUGAUAAAGAUUUGUUAUUACUGUGGUGCUUUUACCUCUUUUGAGUUUUUAUUUGGAGACUCACGGUCUGAUUCCUUUCAGUGUAAAAGCAGUUGGUCUGAUUUGAGUGACAGCCCUGCUGCCUUCCCUCUAUUUACUCCCCAGCUGCCUCCAAAUCUCUGAGAGGAGACAAAGUGCCAGCAGCACAUUCCUUUUUCAUAAUACACUUCUUUAAAAAAAGACAGACAGGGUACUUAUAAUUACUUAAAAGUGGAUUGUCAGUGGAUUGGCCAAACUCUUGAACACACACUUGGAAUUAUUGUUGAAAGUCAGAGCUGAAUCCUUGGAAACCCUCGACAAAAGAAGAUGCUUUUCAGGUAGAAAAGUAGAAGUAUUUUUAAAUGAUUAAAACACUUGAUAACACAGUAUUACGCUGAUAUGAAUUCACAGAGUACAUUUUUCUCAUAGUUUAAGUGUGUUCCUUAAACCAGUGUCUGUGAAUACAGUGACCUCAUGAUUGAGAGUUACACAGGAGCUGCAUUUGUCUUACACAAAUUACUGAUAUUUUGAUCAUGAAUAUUCAGCUCUUUAUAUUUUCAUACCAGCUAUUGUGUAAGUUAAUACAAGGUUAAACAGAAGAGUGACUCUACAUCUUAUUUCAUAUGUUCCAAACUUAGUUUUGUUAUUAAGGCUGAUUAUAGUUUGUUUUUAAAGAUGCAUCAAAAUGAGAUAUGAUAUGUUGAGUUAGUUGAUUGAUCCUAAAAGAAAUUCUGGUCUCGUUGCUCCAAAAUUACAUUAGAAAAUGAACGUAACAACAAGGAGAAUUAAAGUUACUUACAGUUUUUAAAAAGCUGUAAAAGAUUUAGUAGAAGAGAGUUAGAAAAUACAAACUCAAGCCUAGUACUGUCAGAUCACUACAAGAAUAUCUGCAUUAUUGACAAUUGUAAUGUCAUUAAUAUUUAGAGGCAGUAACACUUUGUUACAUGAGAGAAAAAUUAAAUGAAGAAAUAAUCAACAGAAACAUGACAAUAACAGUAAAAACUGAUGUUUCACAUGAUGAUGAAAAUGUUACACAUGGUACCUUUAGCAAAGUUUAGUAUGAUAUUUUUUGGUUUUCAGCAAAACAUUUUGUGUGCAGCUACAAUCCUCUGGAAAUUUUAAGGUUCAGUAUUCUGUGAAAUAAUUGAGGUGAUAUUACCGCUUCACUGAUAAGAGCUGGAAUUCCCAUUGCAUCUAAUAUGAGCCAUAACAGUGGAUAAUCACAGAUGCAAUGAUCCCGUAUAGAGAUAAAAAUAUAGGCUCAAAUGAGCCCUGUCUCUAUUUUUGGUUUGUUUCUGCAGAGCUGGUGCAGGUUUAAAUGACAGACUGCAGAAACUUGAUAGAGGGGAAAUCCGCAACGUUCGUGGUUUUCUGCUUCAUGUUUCAUCUCUGAACCCAUAUGGUUAAAGUUUACCAUUGAAUCAGAUCAUCAAUCUGAAGUUUUCAUUUGGCACUUUUUGUUUGCUAAGCAGCUCAUUCUGUCUUAAGUUUCUGGAUGGCUUAACGUAGCUUUAUACUUGCUGCCUAAAAAGUUUUGGUUGUUUCAGUGAAGUUGUGUCAGUAUGCCAGACUAAUGGAGGAGGAAGUCUUUUUGAAAUAUACAGAUCUUACAGUUACAGGAAUGAUGAACACUUAGUGAUAGUUGGAGAACUUCUUAAGACGGACAUCUGUAUUAUGUAAAAAAGAGCUAAUGCUUACCAUCUCUUUUUCUGUCAGGGGCUCAAAGAUGGAGGGUUUGAUAUACUUACUGCUUGGUUGUCUGGAAAACAGCAGGAUUGAGGGUGCUGUACAUGUACACACACACACACACACAUAGAGGCAGUCGGUCAGAGUGAGUAACAUGUGUUUAGGAUCUUGCUCGGAUUUGGCAGGUUGAGCCCUGGUCUAUAAAGGAUAAAAAUAACUGGCUUUGUAGCUCCUAAAUACAGCAUUGAUUAACUGCGGGGCUUGUUUAUGGCCUGGAAACCAACAGGGGGUCUAUGAUAGGAUGAGGACUGUAUCUUGGUAUAAGGAUAUUUCCCAUAUAGGGCCAAACUGGAAUUCGUUGAAAGUGUGAUAUUAGACGGUGUCAAGGAGACGAUUAAACGCUGGCUCAUCAGCUACCAGGAGCUUCUAGCAGUGUGAGCAGUCCAGGUUAAACGUGUGUCUGAUUAAACCCUUAUAGCAUAUGUUGGUUGAGAAAAAUAAAAAGCAUAAAUGGACAAAAGAGGAGGUUUCUUGGCAGGAAAAAAGAAUUAAGUCAAAGAUUUAAGUAAUGCUUCAGAUGGAAAACAGAUUUUCCAUCUAGAAAUACCAAAACCAGAUUGAUUGAGACCCUUCAAUCCACAUGCUGCUGGUUUUAUCAUCAUCAGGCAUUCAGUGAAUUGGAAGAGCCCACAAACCAUCUUCUAACCAUUUCCCUCAUCACUCUUGUUGGUUUGCUUCUUGGCUUAAUUCUGCUGCCACUGAUUGGUCUUUACUUAACCGGGCAGGAAGUGAUUAUAGACCGACAUAAUGAAAAUCCCUUACAAGGUCAGACACAGAUGGUGAAAAGCCAUUUCCCUCUGAAUCCUUGGGUAAUGAUACGCAAUGGCAUAAAGAUAGGGAGGCAGAGAACUAGUUAAGAAAGGAAAACAGAUGCAGACAUUAAGAAAGAGGUGAAAAAAGUGUUAACACUUGGGUGUCUGGUUCACAGAAAUAGUCCUGUAAAACAUGGUGCUGGUUCAGUCCUUUGAAGUGCAUUAAAUUAGUCUGCCAAAGCCCCAAUAUAUGGCUCUAUUUCCAGUCUAAGAGCUAAGUGACCAAUUUUUGCCUUAAAAUAUAUCCAAACAUGACAUUGAGUGUUCCUGCUGACUGUUUAGAUUUUAGUCCAGUGAUCAGUAUAGAUGCCUGAAGAGCUUUAUAAAAUGAUGGCAUCGAUUGGUAGGCCUGUCACGAUAACAAAUUUUGCUGGACAAUAAUUGUGCUACAAAUUAUCGCCGAUAAACGAUAUUAUUGACACCAUUUUUUAAAUUAUAGAUAAUGAUAUUAUAUGGCAUAAUAAUGCGAGUACACCAUGUCAAAAGUGAUAAACUUUAAUUUCCACACGAGAACAACACUGGUUGUUUUCGUUGACUAAAAUAUUUCCCUUUUCUCCCACGACGAAGACGUAACGUUGACGAGCUAAACAUAAGUCGGAGAUGACUAAAAUGUGACGAGACGAAAGUGCGUUUACGUUGAUGGGACGAGACGAAAAUGACGAACAGAGUUGCAAAACUCAGUCAGCUAAACGCUAAACAUAUAGGAGCAGCCUCAGUCCGCUCUGACAGCUCUCAUCAGCCUGCUGUGCUCCUCCAACACACAGACACACACGCGCGCGCACACACACACGUGGAGUUUUGUGGUUGACGAAAACAAAACUGGUUUAAAGCCGAAAUAUUCCCACACUUGGGCUGUUGCGUUCGGUUUAGACACCAAAGCUGUCGUGUUCAUUCUGUUUGCUUGCUUUUCACUCACGACGCUCACUUGCAGCACUGUAUCCAAAAAGUCUGUGUCUGUGUGCCUGUGCGCGCCAGCCCCCUCGUGACAAAGACACUGAAUGACUGACAGGAGGGUUCACUAACUCCGUUCAUUCCGCUAUAGAGCCAACGCCUCCAGGUGCCGAGAACAAUGCGCAGAGUGAGACCUCUUCUCUCAUCCAGCGUGUUUGGUAGCGAGAGAGGAGGAAAACAAACGCACGUCAAUUAUCGAGGCUGGCAAAAUGACCGACCUCGUUUUUAUUUACCGAGCGAUACGGCGAUUUAUUGAUUAUCGCGACAGGCCUAUCGAUUGGACACUAUAGGGCUGCAGCACAGGCUUGAGAAGAAAUGAUGCCCAUAUGUAUUUACAACCCAGCUUGUUCAAUAGUGCCAGUGGUAAAAAAAAAAGGCUUCAGCUUCAAUGCAACAGUGGUUGAAAUCAUUCAUGCAGACCUGUUUAACAUCUAUCCCUCCCAAAAGUUCACUGUCAAGACUUCACAAUAAAAAAUGAACCCUCCCAUCAAGUGAGCUGAGACCUCCUAAUUUGACUUUGACUACUUUUAUUUGCGUAUUAAGAGUAAGGAGGGAAAAAAAGCAAAAUAUAAGUUUGAUAUACUUUAGGAAGUUUAAGGAUUGCAUUUGUGCAGUCCAAAUCUGUAUGUGUAAGUAGAGUGGGUAAAUAGAGAUGUAAUACCAUGUUAUAGCGUCAUUUGUGGUAGUAUCAGUGGUUUUUCUGUUGGGUUUGCUUGUUGCUGUAUAAGCAGCUGCUACUUGUUGGUUAGGAGCUCCACAUGGUGCUAUACUGGGGCCUUUGCAGAUUUGAGGAAUCUUCCAGAAACAUCACUGCAGCCCUCCUGAGGCAAAAAAAGGGAAUUUAAUGUGGCAAGACCUCCUGGGCCUACACACACACGCAUUCAUGAACCUUCACACACAUGCACAUACGCACACACUCACCUCUCCCCCACCCAACACCUUCGACGCUCCACCCCUCAGUGUGGUGGGCGGUACCCUGACUGGCGGCGCUCGCCAUGGGCAGCGGCUGCGGGCUUCCCACCGUCACUGAUGACCCAUUCCACUACCCCCCCCUCCCUCAACAACCAUAGCAUGUCUCCGAAUCUCUGUGUAUGUGGUGUCAGUAAUGUGCUCAUGUUGCUGAGGGUUUUUUUGUCACUACACUCAUAUUAAUGAGAGCAGUCUCUUUUUUUUACCUCCUCCUCUCCCUCCCUCCCUCCCUCCCUCCCUCGUGUGUGUUCUUUCCCCAUCUGUAAAUGCAAUUUCGUUGUGCACAAGUGCAAUGACAAUAAAGCAUCUCCUCCUCCUCCUCCUCUUUAACCCCAAGAGAAAUGGGGACCCUACUCUUACUGGAAAAGGAGGAAAAAAGCUGACCCAACAUAAACCACUGCUCUCUAGGACCAAAGUAUAUUUGCUAUUAUAAGUAUGGAGCCAGAAAUGUAAUUGUUAUUUUCAAGUAAAUGCCAGUGAUGAAUAGCCCAUUUCAUAGAAAAACAAGGUUCUGAUGUAUAAAAGAGUCUAUGGCUUGAUUAGUUGACUUAAUGCUGUCUUCGUUUUAACAGUGCUAAUGCUCUAUUUAUAGAAAUAAACACACAGUGUGCUUACACAGUAAAACCUAAAGCAUUAGCACAAAGUAUACAAACCUGUGAUGAUAAAAGAGACUGACUGGCAGUAAUGGGACGAUACAUGCACAGACUGCAAAAAAAUGAGGAAGAAUGUCCCCGUCUACUCAGUGUCUGUGUGUGCGUGUGACUGUGGGAGCUGAUGUAUGGGAAUUUCCAUAUGGUAACCCCUCCUUUCAGCUACAGGGUCUAAACAUCCAAAUAAUGACUUUCAACUAAUUCUAUUACAUUUGGCUGUUAUGUUUAGAUGAAGCCUAUAUCAGUGUAGACUCAACUCCGCUUUGAAGUUUUUUUUUUUUUCUAUCUAUCAAGUACUAUCACUUAAAAGAAUGAUAUUAGAAAAUUAUACUUGUCACUGCAGGCCUGGGAGCUGCAUUAAAAUGAGUCCUCCUUUUCUGAAUUUCACAGAAUUUAGUUUAAAGGUUCCUGGGUUCUUGGUGUGUUUUUCUUAUGAAGCAGGCUGAAAGGUCCUCUCAUUACUGUUUGGGGAUUUGAUUUUAGAUCUUCUUUGCUUACAAAGAGCCCAAUGAAAUGCCAGCACAUUAAAAGCAGAGAUGAAGCAGACAGUAAUGAAAGGAGGAAGAGAGAGGGGGUGACUGCAAAAUUGUACAGAAGUGUAUCACCACUGCAAAAUAAGACAGCUUUGAAAAAAAAGCUUAUUUUUGUAGAAACAAGUUGAACGUCACCUCAACCUCAGGUUGAAAUGUUCAUUCUGGGAGCUGCUCCCUGUGUGCUGGUGCUACAAAGAAGUGCACACACUGUACCUGCUAAUGACACAGCUAAAGACAGAAAGGUUACUUAUCAGAGAUUAUGUGCUUGUUAGAAGAUUAAUACCCCUGAGGGUAGGGGGGGCAAAAACUCAGGCUGACUUUCAUCUCAGACUUGCCCUGACAGAGAGAGAGGGCUAGAGAGGGUGAAAAGAGGUAGAAAAGAGUGUCAGAAGACACAGACUCUUCAAACACUACUGUGUGUGUGUGUGUGUGUGUGUGUGUGCGUGUGUUAGGGUGUGUGUGUGUGGAUGUGCAUCACAUUAACCCCAUAAUGAGUAGCCUUGAGGGGGUCCAAAGCCAUUUGGCAGCUCUUCAUUUCCUGAUUGCAAAAAAUGCACUGUCUAACCUUUUAUCUCUUGAGCUGCAGCAACACUGACUGCAUACACAUGAGUUAGUGUGCACACAAACACGCACACAGAGACAUGUACACACCGGUUGUGGUCUUACCACAAGGACUCGUGCAAUUAAGAUUAUUUAGCCCUCAGAAGCCAACUCUCUGCCAUAUAUAUGUAAGUGUUAAUGUGUGUGUGUGUGUGUGUGUGUGUGUGUGUGUGUGUGUGUGUGUGUGUGUAGGCUGUAAUUAAGAUAGAUCAAACCCUAGAGGUUGAGGGAUUAGCUGUCAUUGAAGAUCAGAAGGUUUUUCACUCAAGUCUGCGACAUGGAAGAGUGAAAUCAGAGGUUUGGAGCCAGACUCACAGAUCCUGACCCCUGAUAGUAGAUCGUGGCGGCUUCCUCUUCUUAUUAUUUCUCAAGCACACUCACACAUGUGUACUAACACACACAUUGAGUUUGCAGCUCCCUACAGCUUCAGGUAAAUUUAAGGUUGAGCUGUUAAUGCCCAGAAUUGAAGAGAUGUGACCUCAGGACACAUCAAUCCAAACACUUAGAUUCCUUAAUGCCAGAGUGAAGGUGUGAAUGCAUCUGUUGUCUGGCCUGUAGCCCCUAAGGUUAAGGUGUGGUAGAGUUCAGCUGGUAAAGGUUAGGGAGGGAUGUCUCCACAGUGAGUGAGAACAAGUGCUCUCUGCUGUCAGAAAAGGUUGAAUUACUUAAGCUCCCGUUCGCCCCUUAGAACACAGAAACUUAGUGUUUUACACUUAAAAUAUACUGCAGACUAACAAUAACUCGUACUGGUAUCUCCAUUCAUGGAUAUUAGUGGAUUCUUCCAUACUAAAAAAGCAACUAAUGCAUUAAUGCUGUUGCCUCUGACUUCAUCAACUUCUAACUCCCCUGUUUGAGGACUGCCAUCAACCUUGAUGUAAAUUGGGGGCUAACAUCAGGGCUCCAAAUGAAUAUGCAUACCCUCAACUGCACCUUGGCCUUAUACAUUUUCAGAAUACUCCCUGUUUAAGGUUGUUUUUCAUGGUCUUAAGGUUGCUGAAAUGACAAUAUCAUAAAUUGUAUAAACACUUUUCUGUGUUCUCUUUUAAACUGAGCAGAAAUCAAAAAAAAAAAAAAAUGUUUGUGUAUUACUGGAACUUCAUGUACCAAAAAAAAAGCAGAACAAUUGCCAGGCUAAAAAGUCCCUGUUAUUCCAUCAUAGUGUGGCGUGUGGUGUGUUUUGAGGACCCAGAAGCAGACACAGAGGCAGAUAUCAACUUAAGAUGUAAUUUCAAUGUCCAACUCAGGGUAAAAGCAAAAGAGGAAGUCUGGUCGGCUAGCUGGCUGUUGUGUGGGCUGGAGACACUGCAGGGAAAACAGAGGAGAGGGAAGCGAGCAGACAUACAAUGAAUUACGAGGAGCAAAGUUACAAGUACUUAUUCACAAGGGAGGCCAGGAGACGCGUCUGUACCACUUGGGAGUGAAGACAAUACUCAGGCACUGAGACUGAGGGCUGCUGGCUUCUUAAAGUGCCUUGACUGUAGAUGUAGAGCAGGUGUGGAGUCUCACUCAGCCUCAGCGACCGGGGAGGGGAGGGAGCUCUGGAAAAGAGUCAAGCCAAACCAGGACAACGGAGAAAAACAGGAAGUCCAACCAAAGUAAAACAAAAGGAGGAGGCGUCUCACCACACUUAGGUAGAAUUUGUAAGUAGAAAUUAUCAGCAGGGUCUCCCUAAAAUUCAAACACGGGAUAUUUCAAAGAAUGAGGUCUUUAAUCAAAGAUGAGGGUCUAUGUAAACAGCGGACCCGGUUCGAUUGGGGAGCUGAAAGUCACAACAUUUUUGCCUUUUUUACUUGUUUCGGUUCUGCUGUCACACUGUGAUUUCUAAAGCACACCAAACUUUCCGAGCAGCAUCACGUGGUUGAAAGGGGCACUCGUCAACUGGACAAAGUAGGAGGGGUAUGUAACCUCACGGAUUACAAACAGGGUUGGACUAGCCAUCUCGUAUCGUGCUUCGUCACAUUAUUUUAUGGAACGCUACAACGUUAGUGAAUGCAACUGUUCCUACAAUGCUAUCGUAGCUUGUCAGGGAUUGAUCCUGUUAUUUUUCUAAUUUUGCUGAUCUAACAUGUGACAACAUAUGAGCUCAGAGUUGAAGGACUGUGACUGUUGGUAGUUGUGAUUUGAUUUUGUUUAAAUAUGCCAAAUUGUGAAUUUAUGGGUUACUGUUGGUCAGACAAUUGAGCUAAGCUAGCUAGCAACUGCUAAUAUCAGCGGUCACUUGUUGCCAUAGCAACUUGCCAUAGCAACAAGUGACACCGUGCUUCCUCUACCCAAGAUGCACUGCGUAUAGUGUCAUUAUGUACAUUUGGUCCUGUGUUUGGUCCGGUGAGCUUUCACACUGCAUACAAACCGAACCAGGGUUCACUUGCAAGCGAACUGAGACCCACGUUUUCAGGCGGACCAGAGUUCGCUUGUUUGAUCCGCACCAGAGUUUGGAUGAGCUUUCACACCUGCCCAAACGAAGCUGACUAUCCGAGGAAACGAACUCUGGUCCGUUUAAAGCGGACCAAACAGCUCUGGUGUGAAAGCGACCUUAAACUCCUACCUGUGUAUGGUUUUCCUUCUUUUCUAUCCAGUUAUUAAAACUCAAAGAGCCUCCAUGAGAACUGUGCUGAAUAACAGUAAUUAAAGGUGUGUUUGUGUAUGUCUUUGUCUACUGUGUGUGUGUCUUUGUCUACUGUGUGUGUGUGUGUGUGUGUGUGUGUGUGUGUGUGUUGGUGCAAGCUUGAACUCCACCAGUAAUAAUGUUUACAUCUGUCAUUUUUGUCUAAUCCACUGUAGAUAUAUAAAUACGGUCUAAAAUCAGUUAUAGCUGUGAGAACAAUUUUUAACUUGUUGACAGAAAAUGAUGGAUUGAAAAUAUUUUAUUGAAUACUUUUCAUUAAAUCUGAUUCCUGUCAUGUUAUGAAUGUAACUGGUAAUGACUAUUUCCUCCACACAUACCUCUGGAGUUUGUUAAAAAUUUAACCUCUGAAAGCUCCUGUCAGGAACUUUAUGUUUUUGGGACCCCCUGUGGUCAAAGUGCUUGUUUUUCCUCUACAUGUUAAAAAAAUCACCCUGACUUUUAAAAGUAAAACCUAUUAUUUAUCGAGGAUUUUUAAUGCAGACGUAAAAAAACAGCCUUGUGAAAACAUGCUGUUUUUUGGCAACAUCAAUAAUGGCAGUAUACAAAUCUCCAACCUUGUCCCUAAUUGCUUUGUUUGCUUUUGGACAUCACAAAUUAAUUCAUUAAUAUGAAUUUCAGUCUAUUAAGUAAACUUCAAAGAACUAGUAUGUGAGAGUUAUUAAGCAUGCAGUAGUUCCCAGAGUGUUUUUGGAAGCUUCUGUGUUUUAGGAAGCACACAGGAGCUGCCUUCAUUUAGCAUGCUCUAAUCUGCACCGCCACCCUGCUGGAGACCACACACACACGCAAGCAUGCACGCACACACAGAUUGUCAUACUGCGUUGUGGGUAAAAGUCUCAAAGGAAACAGGUUUAACUCAAAUAAGUAUGCUUUUUCAAAUAUGUAAUCAAAAUUACACUAUUUGUCUUGAUUGUCUUGUUUAAAAUGGAACUCAAUGUUUGUUUAAUUUCCCAAGUUGUUCUGAGACUCUGGCCAACACAUAUCUUUCUAAUAACAGUGAUGAUCACGCACAUGUCUGAAGACAAAAACAAGUAAAAACACAAUAGAACGCACUCCCACCUACACGUCCUGUAACUUGGUUGGUUUUGCUUUCCAGAGAAACAGACACCAAAAGUGUUGCAGCAUUAAAGCACACUAACAGGCAGCGUUGUGUCAGAUCCUCUUGUCUUGUGUGCUUUACUGGAGUUUGAAAGUUUUCAGCUGUGGGGCAAAAAACAUUUUAGAUAGGGUUUGCCAUCCUGCUGACUGGUCACCAAACCUAGUCUGCAAUGACUCAAGGAAUAAUGUAUGGUGGAUGGGGUGAGCAAUGCCCUGAUGUAAAGCUAGCCAAGAUGAACUGGCUGUACAUAACACAUAUAUAGUAUCAGUGAUGUCACACAUUGGUGCUGCAGCCUUGAUGAUAGAGGUCGCCAUUGAGGAAAUGCAGACAGAGCCUAACUUUUGACCACUGGCAAAGAUGGAGCUGAGGUGGGCCUUCAGCCACCUCCCAAAUUGGGGCAAUGCACACUAGUUGGUCAAGUUGCCAUGCCCCUAAGUGUGUAAAUGUAUGUGUAACUCCGGCCCUUGUAUGAUCAAAAUGGAUGUGUAAAACCAGGUGGUAGACAUGUUUUACUCUGCUGGAAAAAUUGAUAUUAUUACUUGUAAUGUAAUUUCUUUCACCACUUCCUCAGCUUUUCCUUUUUUUGACACAAAAAUCUACCUUAGGUCUUUUGUUCCUCAUGCAGCACAAAGUUUCUGUUAACUUAAAAGUGUAAAUCAAGUUUGGGGUUUGACAAAAACUCUAGUUGUAGCACAAAUAGUGCACAAUUAAUAAAUGUUCUUAUAAUUAAACAUAAUUAAGUGAUAUCACCUUUCUUUAUGGAGCCGAGCUGAGCCAACUGUGAUGUGUUUUUAGAGUUAUGAGCCAGAAGGAUGCCACAGGCUAUUCUGCUGCUUUCACAUGUUUAUGGGCGAUGACGUGAUGCCAACGGGACACUGAACUCAUCUGGGCCACACACACACACACACACACACACACACACACACACACUGUGCCUGCUGACAGCACUACUGUUGGCAGAAGUGCUUGCAUUCAUGACUUUCAUGCUUUGUAAGUUGAGUAUGGUAACAAGAAACAUUAGCAUUGCUUGAAGUGAUAUUUCUCUGUUUCAUCUUCGGUCCCCAGGUAGAAGACGCAAACAUGUCGGAAAGCAGAGGUCAGAAGAAGUCCAUCUUUCUCUCAUUAUUGGUAAGUUUUUCCACUUUUGUUUCUAUUCUCUUAACAGUUGUGCAGCUUACCAGCACUUGUACCAAUUAGUCGACUUAAUAGCUUUUCAGAGAAGAAAUACUGUUAGACUCUGGUCAGUGUGACUUUAAGCUGUUAAGUACCUACUGGCAGUGUCCCUUACAGUUUCCACCUCAGCUUCUCUGAUCAGCCCCUGCACAUGCAGGCUGACACAGGAGCACUUUGUCAUGAUAGGAAAAGGAUUAACUCAGGGGUGUCAAAUUACUGCCUCAAAAGGGUUUCAGUGCUUAGGUUAAACCAGGUAAACAGAUCUGAGCAGAGUUUAGAUGACGACAAGUGUCAGAGAACUAAGUGUGCUGCUAUCCUCAAGUGACAAAGACACUAGAAUAUGGUGUAUGUCACUCACACUGCUUGCUGAGUGAUCAAAACACAAUCAAAAAGAGUUUCACAGGAUGUUGUACUUCCAGUGGAUCCUCCUCACUGUAUUCCAAAUGUAAAUAAAAUUUAGAGAAACAAGAUGCCUCCCUCGUUUGUGCCUGAAGGUGUUUUGGGGAACUCUGCCAGUUUCCACAUGAAGCUGACUUCACUUGUCAUAAGAAGUUCUCUUGAGUCUAUAAAAACCCUUGUAGGGCUUUAAAAAGCUGUGCAGGAGAGUUUUCCAGGUAUCCUGCAUCGUAAACCACAGGGCUUCGAAGAGACAUGUUACAUUGAUUGACCCAAACCAAACCCAAUCAAACUGAACUUACUGUACCAAGUAUUUUGGGAUGUUUGAGUGCAUCUGGCAAACACAGAGACCACUUCAUCUUGGUGAGCGGGUCUGGAUGCGUUCAGUUCAUUUCCUUUUUCCAGGCAGCGUCAAUAAUGGCCAUGUGUGAAAGUACCUCUGGAAGCGAUUGGACAGACCUGAAACUAGUCAGAGCUUUGCAAAGUGUGGCAACAGAAAAUGUUAACAGAAAGCAGCAUACUAAGGAAAGAAAGACAUCUUUGAUACCACUGAAAGCUGUACAUGUUGUCCUUGUUUCAAUGAAAAUGCAUCAUCCAGCUUGUUUUAAAACUGCUGCAUUAGCCAGUUCAACAGACCUCUCUGUGGCUAGAGCCGCCAUCUUGGUUGUUUACAAAAAGGCUGAAGCUGUACUUCUGUGUUGUCAUCUUAUAGCAGCUGCCCCACUGUCAAAUGAAGGACUGUGGCUGAUUUGGUUUCAUAUGAAAUUAGGUGGAAAUUGUUUACAGUGGCAGUCAGUCUCGACCCAUCUGUCAGUCCAAAUGAGUAUGAGCAGGCUGUCCAUACCAGGGAAACAAGCUUCUGUUGUGCAGGAUGUGAGUGGAAGUCAGCUCCAGAGGAAUAAGGGCCAAAUGUCUUAAAAAUGACAUGAAAAUGUCAGGACAUAAAAGGGGCUCAAGAUGGCAUUAAUGGAAGUUAUUUCCUCUAAGAGAGAUUUGAAACCAACCUGAUAAAGAAAGCAUCUGAAACGCCCAGAUGUCAUUUUUAAUCCCCUAUCAGAGCUUGAGCUUGUUCUGCAUGUUCAAUAAGAUAAAUAAUAAUCACUGCGGAGGAUGUGUUAAUCUCUCUUAUUACACACUCUGGCUGUACACACACUGUUUUGGGUAAGACUCUGUUCUUUUUUUAAGUCUGGUGUAAAUUACAAACACAAUACUUGGACCAGAAUGAUUGAGCUCCAUACAAACAUGUUACAGACACUCUCAUGCACACAGGAAGUAUACAUUUGUAUAUUGAAGUAAUGUCAUGUGUCUGCUGUCCUAAGAUGGUUCUGAUGAAGAGGAGACAGAGAAGGAGAUGUUAUUAAAACAACAGAGGGAAGAUGGAGAGUAUUAGUCAUGCACUUAUUGUAUUUUUUUGUGUCUCCAUUAGUUUCUGGACUGCAGAUGAUUUUUAAAAGUCAGUUAGUUUGUUUGGAAAAGAACAAAGUGUGCUGCUUAAGCUAUAAAUACCAGCUGCUACUUAUUACAGUGAGCUGCAGUGACACAAUGCCACACACACACACACACACACACACACACACACACACACACACACACAAUGCACAGAAGCAUAUGCAAGUACUGGUAUUAUUCCAUCUCUGUCCUACACGUAAACAAAUCUGGCAAUCUAAUGAUCUCAACUUCCAGAGAAACUCAGAAGAAGUUAAUGAUGAGGGUGUUUGUUUUCUCUGCUGUUUGUUUUUAGAAUUAAAAGUUAUGACGGGUUUUUUUUACUGUAUGAAUCAGCCAUUGUCUCUGUUGCUCAUUUAUCUCUACUGUUGAUAGUGCAGAUGUGGAGUAAGAAUCAAAAUUAACUUUAAAUGUUUAAGCGUAGACACUAAGGGCUCUAUUUUCGUGCUUCGCUAGAGACGUGGCGCAGGCGCGUCGUAAGUCAGGUCCGCCGCGCCGACAAGGCGUGCCCAAGCACAAUUUGGUAUUUUGGUGAGCGGCGCAGCCCAGCGUAAGUAUCCCCCCUCCCUAACUCAGCUCCUCCCAGCGGUAGGGAGUUGUAGGGAGGGAGGAGAGAGGGCGUGGAGUGGGUUUAACACAGCCGAGAUCUGUAUUGACCAAUAACAUCAGCUCCUCUCCUCGCCUUUAAAUCCGCUACCGAUGAGGCAUAUUACAAUUUUCGUGCAGAAGUCAAAGAGAUCAAGAGAUGUCUGAAGACAGUAAUGCCACACGAUGGCGACAGAAGGCAGCUCCUCAACAAGUGUAGCUGUAAGCGCUGCAGAGGGCGUCCUGCACACUGUCUCAUAUAAACGCAGAUGGAUUUGGUGUGUGUAAUGUUGGACCCACUGGUAAGACAAACACCCUUUUCCACAAAUAAAGACACUCACAUAAAGUUGCAUUUAAAUUUUUUAUUUAAACCCCACAUGACAAAGGUAGGUUGUGCGCACAGAUCACAACAUAAACUCCAAAAAUGGCAUUAAAAUCUGAACCAUCUGUGUGUAAUGACGCAUUGCGCUCCAUGACCUGGCUCUUUCUUUCAUAGAUGUUGGCAUAUAAAAUAAAUUUGACUCACAAAAUUAAAUAUUAUAAUAAUAUAUUAUAAUUUUCGUAUGUGGGCCUGACUCCGGAUUGAAUAUUUACAGAAUCUUAAUGAUGUGAGGAAAUCAGAUAAACAGGUAAUUUUGAGUGAAAGGUUCUUUUAUUUUACUUUAUUUUUUGUUCAAAUUGAAGUAAAUAACUCAUCUGAUCACUAAAAUAAAUCAUCUGGUCAGCCGUGCCACUGCUGCAGCAGCAGGAUGGAGAAAGGACACAGAGACACGUCAGGUGUUAUGCCAUAGAAUGCACCCCUGCCGUAGAAUGCACCCCCUGACGGGAGCGCGGUUGAAAGUACAUAACAGGGCGAAAUAAUCCAAGUUUUCCUUACCAGUGGACUGGUUCUAAAGCGUGUGCGUUUUAUGAUUUCAUUAAGGCCAUUGAGAUAUGCCGAAAAUAAUAGCCCUCUGAUUCGGAAUAUUUGCUGCCCAGAAAAUAUAAUGUCUUCUAUCUUAACAGCUUACUGUACAGUUUAUAUACCCAAGUACACCUCUAUAUGUGCAUUUUUUAAAUACUGAAAAAACAGAAGAAAACAGAAAAAUCGUGUUUUUUUUAAAUAUGAGAUCAUUUUUUUACACUUUAAGAAGCUAAAGAGUGGAUAGGAUGCAGGGGAUGCAUUCUAUGGCAGGGGUGCAUUUUACGGCAUAACACCCAUCGAGCUGUGUGAGGAAGAAGGAGGAUGAGCGGGGAGACGAAUUAAAUAUCGUGUUAACUUCAUCAUGUGUAACUGUUUACUGGAUAUUUAAUUUAACGCGGUUUCAGCUGUGUUAAUUCAGUCAGGUGGAGUGUCCAAACGCGCUCAUCAGAUCAGAUAUAGAUCAGAAUAUAUCUAUAUAGAUCUAAAUGUAUGUGCUGACUCAGAUUAUUAGUUGUUGUUGAUUAUAUAUUGCACUGAAAUGUGCCUGACACUGUGGAAACCUGCCGGUGAGGCAUCGGUGACAUAUGCCGAUACGCCGCCGGUCUACCAAAAUUCAACUAGACAAGCUGCGCUCCGCCUGCGCUGACAGCUGACCAGGUUUGAAUUGGUGAGCUUUCAGCGCACUUUCUAUGCCACCGGCGAGCACGAAAAUGUCACUGCGCCAGCUGAUUCUGUCGACACCUCCCCCUGCCGCACCACCACGCCCAGCUUGGCGGACCUCGGUGCGCCUCAGUCCACGAAAAUACUAAACUGGCUGUGCGCCGGAAAAUACCACUGUGUGGGGUCUGUCACUGUCUGCCGCGUCACCGGUGGACACAAAAAUAGAGCCCUAAGUGUACCAGACAGCUCUACAGCGUGUGUCAUCCUGGUUUAACAGAAGAAAAAGACAGAAAACACUGUUGACAAAUUAACAGCUAACACAAAGCGUACGAUACACCUUGCAGACCAAAUUUAUCGCAGAAAUAACCAAGUAGGGCUGCACAAUUUUGGCCAAAAAUAAAAUCCAGAUUGUUUUCUCUGAAAACUUUUCUAUCAUCUCUUAAAACCAAACCACUAAGAAUCAUGUAGUGCAUAUGCCGAGCCAGUAAGUGGUGCUGUAACGUUGCCUAGGAAAUGCACAAAAGACAGAAGAAGAGUACAGAGCAUUCGUAUAAAGGUUGUUUUGGCUGAACACGCACAGGUGUCAAGAGGUACACUGUGUGUCACAUAAUCGUUUUAAGAGAGACGCAGAUAGACAUCCACACGGAGAAGAAAUGGUAGUCAUUCAUGGAUUUAUGCACUCUCUGACCCAUUUUUGAAAAGUACCGUUUACAGUCACCCAAAAUGGCAUUUCUGUGUAGAUGAAGCGCUGAUACGACAAAAAAAUUUUUUUUUUGCUUUUACUCCUGAAUUUGUUUCUGUGUGGACAGGUUGAUACGGCCUUCAGACAGACUUUGCAGCGGGGAGUGGUUUGCCUUUCGUCCAAAACUGCGAAGCCGUACCCAUUCCACACGACUGACUUGCUUUUGCCCCUUUUACUCACAAAAUUAUUGCCUUCUUUUGCAAACGCCAUGUUUGUUUACUCUGGUGCAUGUGGGAACUGGGGAGGGGGAGCUGAUGGUGGCCUGGAGGCGCAAGACAUGAUAGAGAGGAAAAUCGAUUUGACGAUUUUAAUUUCUUUAACAUCGUCAUAAUUAAAUAAUCCGAUUACAAUUUGAAACCGAUUAAUCGUGCAGCCCAAUUGUUAAGUGUCUCUGAUUUUGCACAUUAAUCUCUAUGUAGAUAAAUGCUGCGCUGAAAAAUCAAAUAAGAAUAAAAUAAAGUGAUUUCCUCUGGUUUUAAUGCACUCAGUCUGAUCUCUCUGAUGGAUCUAAGUGCAGUCUUUGUCUUUUGAUGACUUUAUGAAGGUCACCAGGAUGAAACUCAAAGUGUCUCACUGGAGUUUGAAGUGAAAUAUCAGGCUUGAAAGUGGAAAGACUGAAGACAGAUUUUUAUUUAUUUAUUUUUUUUUUUACAUAAAUUGAAUAGAUUGUAUGUUACAAAGCUUUUUAUAUCAAUUCACAGUAUUCAGACAACAGAAAUAUGGGAUCAUUCCUGAAAGUUAUAACUAAAUGAUAAAUGUAAAAAGGCAAAUAGAUAAAGAAACCAAUAUAAAGAAAAUGUUAAAAUAAAUACUGAAAUAGGAGUAAAGAAAUGAUGCAUGAAUGACUUAUUAAGCAACACAGCUGAAGUCCUCUGCAGCACAUUAGUUUGAACAGAUUAGAAUCCGUCACUUAGAGGUCUCCCUCAUGUCUCCUCUGCUCUCUUAUUGUGUGUCCUUAUAGGUGUGCUGCAUGUUUGCGAGUGCUGAAUAUUCCAACUGUGGAGAGUACGAGUUCUUCAACCACACCAGUAACAGCUGCCAGCCAUGUCCUCAGUGCCAGCCGGGACAAGAGCCGGUGAGAGAUUCACAAAACUUUUCAUUGAGAUCACAGUCUUUCUUUUUUUGGUCCUUGUUGUUGGAUUGUUUAUUCAUACACCUGAAAUUUCUGAUUUUAUUUAAAAUAAUUGGGGUCAGGAACCUACUAUGUGUCAUAUUUGUUCAGACCACCCACAGAGCACUCACCCAUGAUAGCACACACACAGCUGCACAGUGAAGGGUGUCUAAAUUCAAUUGAACAAUGUUUUCUGGUUAAUUGCUCUUAUUGACAGCAGUGUGAAGGCAUGCAUUAUGGUGACUGACUUUUCAGUAGUCACAUAGUGAUUUAGCCUCUGUCAGACUGCAUCAGCCAAGAACAACAGACUGCAGGGAAAUGCAUGAGUGGGCACCUCACAAUGCCACACCCUAUUAAAGGAGACAGCAGUGCUCAAGGGUGAACAGGAAGAAUUACAGUCACUAUCAUUUAUGUAGGAGCUGCAGAUGUUUUUAUAUGUCUGUGAAUUUUCUUCAAUUCACUCACUUUGCUUUUAACCAGUCAGGGGUCGGCAGAUUGUCUUGACUUUUUAAGUGAAUUUUACGACAUAAUAUGGAACAUUUUAUGGAUUAGAAAAUACUCAUACUCAAAAAUACAGCUGUAUUUAGGCACGAUAAUGGUUCUGAAUAUGUUGAACUACAUUGAGUUAGGACUUAUACCCCUACUUUAUAAAUACCCAUACCUAACUGAAGAAUAAGAUUCAAUGAACACGUUUUAUUGAACUGACCUGUGGAGACGACAAGAUGACAGCUCUACUGGCAGCUCAGUGAAGAUGUACUUAUGUACAGUUUUGUGAUACGCGUAAUAAUGGUGGCUGAUAACAACAUAAGGACCCUGAAGUUGGGCAGGCUGCAAAAUUUAAUACAAUGCUAUACAACACCCUACAAUGUUACAUUGCAGCAUGAUAUGAUGUAAUAAAAAAUGAAGAAUAGUAUGAAGUGGUACAAUGUGAUAGAAUUGAUACAAUAUGAUGCAAUGGGAUACAAUCAUUGACUGUUUAUAGAAUGGACGCUGUCUGCCUCCUCACUGGGUGAAGCCAUCGAGAACAGCACCCUCUGUUGAUGGGCUGAAGUAUAGGUCAUAAAUCCCACCUCCGCCAGCAAAGCUUAUGGAGCUGUGGACAAACUUUAGAAAUUUAUUACACAGAAUAUAAAUUUUUCUCCCCCCUGCUUGUGAUGUUGACAUGUAGCUACUGUCAGACUGGUUUGUGCUCAAGUCCUCUUUUUUCUGUAGCUCUGUUUUUAAAAGUUGUUAGGGGGUUCAUGUUUUCUGUGAUUGACACUUGAUAAAGCCUAUGGGUGUAUGAAGAUUGCAUAGCUCACCAGAGGGAUAUGCUGUUUGAGAUGAGCGUCAUCACAGCGACUCUUGGUGACUCUCCCGCCUAAUGCGCACAAUACUGCUGCACAAGAGGUGGUUCUAGGAAGCGUGGAAAAUCCCAGAAAUACAGAGAGCAUUCAGCUUCAAAUUCGUAUAAUGACGGAAGGCGGAACCAAGUUGUCCUUAGUAUAUACCGUCUAGGGAUGGGACAUAAUAUGCUUUGUUGGCCCUUGGGAGAAAGAUGUCCAGGGGCCUGUUCUACGAAGCAGGAUUACUGCUUAGUAAGGUAAUUUCGAGGGUAAGUUCGGGGUUUCCUGUUCUUCGACGCGGGUUCACUUCUUAGCGAGGCGAGUCUCCAUGGCAACGUACGCUGAAAAGCUAACCUGCUCCGAGGCAGGUUAGGUUUCAGAUUGAACUCACUGAGUAUAAAAACCCCGCCCACUGACCAAUGAGCUCUCUCGAAAAAUGGCUUGUCCGUUCUUGGAGGAUCCUUUAGACCUCAGUGCUCACAUUGUCCGAGGAGCACUCCGGCGCGCAAGAGUUCUCAGGGACUGCACGGACCUGUGCUUUUGCAGCGGCGACGGUGUUGCUUUUGAGAUUCAUGAUAGAUUUGAAUUCUUCAUACUUUCUCAUGAUCGUCUCCUGCUCCUCGUUUGUAAAGUACGCGGUCCUUCGCUCUCCGGCCUGCUCUUACGCUCCAGACUGGUCCAUGUUUUUGAUUGGUCAGAUGCGGCGGGCAUCGCCUUACAUGCAUGCAUGCGCUCAUAGCAAAGCUGGAUCCACUUACGAGGUUGAUAACCAGCGUCGUAAGACCGUUUAGCGAGACUGCUGGCUACCGCCCUAAGUUGAGCGAGGUAGCACCAAGGCUACCUCGCUAGGUUGAACUUGCUUCGUGGGACAGGCCCCAGGACUCAAGUGCUGCAACCACAGUAUAUAAACUAUGAUGACUGUUUUGGUCCAGUGCUUUUGCAUGCUGAUCUUUGCUACCACAGAUUAAGGUAAGGCUUGUACAUGGAGCAAUAAUACUAGUAAUUCACUGACCAGGUCCUAAAUCUGAGUGUUUCAUACACAGAGAAAAGACCUGACAAUGAUGCUCUCUGAACUCACAGUCAUUCAGGUUUUGAAGUACUCACUUUUACAGAACAUGAUCAUAUGUAUUAAAUUUCAUACAAUCUGUUCCAAAGUGUAAACUCAAAACCUCAACUGCUAACAUCAUGAUUGUAAAAAAAGAAAAAAGAAAUAGAUAAGCAAUAUUUGUUUGGAUUCAUCCCCUGGGGACAAGGAACAUUAUUACAGAGACUGUAAUAUAAUCCCAAUUUGGUGGAUUUUGACAUGUUAAAGUAGCAGACUGACAGGUAAACGUGUGGCGAUUAAAGAAACUUGAACUUGAACUUGAAACCCUCCAUCAUUGUCAUCCUGGACUGCCAUUAGACUGCAAGCUUGGUUCUCAGGAUGUCACCUCUCAUGAAAAGGAUUACAGCUUUCUGAUAACUCUAUUUCUCCAUUUUCUUUGCAUAUUUUGGGUCCAUAAGCACAAGCAUAUGGAUAUAAUGAUUGUUUUUACUGAAGUUUUGAUCAUUUUAUUCCUGCAUAUCACCUUACUAACUGAAGCAGCAUCCACAAAAAUAUGUCUUGUUUAAACUUCUAAAAUAAAGUACUUCACUGUCCAACACCAUAAGCACCUUAGUGUGAUCAGUCAGAGCUCUGUCAUAAAGAGUAAUUUGUCCAUUUCAGACGUUUAAUCAGAGAGAUCAGAGCCUUUCUUUGCACUUUCCUCUUUGGGUGCCACAGUCUGUAAUUCAUCCAUAACUUUGUUCCCUUGUGCUUUUUUUCUGCACGUGUGUGAUUUCUGACACCCCUUUAAUCAUGUGACAACCAUUAGGCUCCUCUUCACAACAGAAACUGUAGAUAGAAAACUUGUUAAAACUCAUCACGUAUUUAAUCUUUAUAUUUGCGGCUUUGAUUUGAUUUAGAUUGAGUCUAAUGGAGAGGCAUCGCAUUUUAAAGCUUGUUUACAAGAACAUAAUCACCAAAGCAUGAACUCAGUUUCAGAUUUCUUCAUUAUAUUGUGUAUUGAAAGAGAUUAAGAGUUGAGAAUGUAUUCUAUGGUUGGAUAUUGAACUUCUGAGUCAGCUUGUGCAAUGUAUAAAAGCUGCCCUGUGUUGAGAAGGGUCUCCCACAGGACCUUGCGGCUUGUUGGUUUAACAUGUAUAACAUGUACUGUAAAUUUUCCCUUUUAUGGCAUGUCAUCACCCUCUUCCCCCCCUGCAUUUUCAUUCUUUCUCGUUAUUAUAAACUUUCACAUACAGGAGAAAGUAUUUGCUCUUAAUCGUAGGUCCCUCCCUCCUCCUCACCUCCUUGAUACAUGAAAGGUACGAUUCAAAGAGGUGACACAUUUGCUUUGAAAAGAAAGAGCCUUUCAAUCAGUCGGGAACUGCUCUAAAUGCAAAAGCAGAGCCAUGUUGUACAAAAGAUCCAAAGAGAACUUUAACCCAAAGCGACAACAUCCUGCUGAUAGCUCAACUCAGCUUGAUAUCAAACAAUCAAACAGAGACUUAAGGACGUCAAACAGAAGGGAGAAAUUUUAGACGUCUCAGAAAGCUGGGCUGCUGUAGCCCAAAGCAAUGAGGCAGAGGCUUUUUUCAAUAGACGGAUGAAAGUAGGGGAGAAAUGAAAGAUGAAAGAAAGUAAGCGAAAGCGGGGAUGUUUUGGUGAAUGUGUGUGUGGCCUGUCGCUCGGCCACCCUGCUGUGAGAACUUCACAUGGAGAGAAAGGAGGAGCUCGAUAGCAUCAGGAGGGAAUGAUGAGCUGGUCAUUUUAAACACUACCAGGCAUGGAAAGCUGUACAAACUUAAGAAAACACACACAGGGACCUCUGUGGCCAAUCACAAAUUUUCUUUUGUCAUCUCCAAACCGCAAUGCUGGAUUAGCUAAGCACGCGGAUUAAACCAGAUGUGUGUUAGCGAGUGUGUGGGGUGUUUUUCCUUCGAGUGUGUUUGUCCACAGGACAGUUGUAAAUCAUCAUGUUGAUCUAAGGAUGAGUUCAUUUAAAAUUUAAUCAUAGCAAAUGCACUGCAGAAGGAAAAUGCAGAUAUAACGUGUGUGUGUGUGUGUGUGUGUGUGUGUGUGUGUGUGUGUGUGUGUGUUGCAGGCCUGUGGAUACGGUACGAAGGGUGAGGACUUUGCCUGUGUGCCGUGCCCACAGGGGAAAUACUCCAAAGGAAAGUAUGAGAUCUGCAGAAGGCAUAAAGACUGUGACGCCCUCUACAAAGCCACUGUGCGCUUAGCAGGCACUCCGGAGAGUGACGCUGAGUGUGGGCCCUGUUUACCAGGGUAAACAACACACACACACACACACACACACACACACACACACACACACACACACACAAUUCUACUCACAAACACAAUUUAGCCACAGUUCAUGCAUAGAAAUGACUUCCCUGACACACUCUGCAAGUAUAAGGCCAAAGAAACCUCAAGAACUUUUAAGAUGUUUCAUAAGGUCAGGGAAAAAUGACUAUGUAUACUUGCAACAACAAAAUGUGUAAUGAUUAAACUACGAUUAAAACUAAUUUAAAAAAUAGUAUAGGUGGAAAAGGUAGAUGAUGGGAGAUGAUGGUUUGCUACAUCAGAUUUUUGGUUCCUCAUCACUCCUCAGUUUUAUAUUCAUCAUGCUGAAAUUGAGGAGUGAUGAGAUAGUUUCUUAAACCCUCUAGAUAAAGCCAGCCAGUGGAUUCUGGGGAUGGUGAUAAGGGCAAAGACAGACAGCUGAAUUUGGAGGAUAAGUUAGUCAUGCGGUUGUGUGGCUGAAGGCUCUGCACCAUAUGGUGGUCAUACGGGCAAUAAGGAUAGUGUGGUUGAUGGAGGAUGAUGAUCUGAGAGUCUGUCUAGGUGUGUUUAUGUAGGAGUUCAGUCAGGUAGGGAAGAGAGAGGUUAUGGAGGGCUUUAAAGGUUAGGAGGGGGAUUAUAUAUUUUACUAUAUAUAACUGGGAGCCAGUAAAGCUGGGGGAGAACAGGGUAGAUGUGACUGAUAGAAGGGGUCCUGGUGAUGAAGUAGGCUGCAGCCAUGUCAAAAUGGAAAAAAAAUUAUGCAAAAUCUAUAGAUGUCAACACAAAGGCAAAGACAUGUAGCCUGUAUUGGCUGAGCGAGAUCGUGUUGGUUCGUUCCACUUCAGUGGGGCAACAUAAACUCUGAUUCAUAAAAUAGCUCUAUUGAUAGUAAGUACUAAAAAAAAUAUCUACUCAUGCCAUCCGGUCGAUUUUUCGUAAUCAGUGUUUUGUCAAAGUGCUGCACAUAAAUAGACAAAACAACGACAUAAAAAACAAUCAAAAAACAAUUAAAACAAUGGAUAAAUUAAAAGCAGAAUUAAAAAGUAAAAUAUAGUUUCAAUGUUUUUAAAAACUAAUUUAAAAACAUAGAAACAAAUAACUAAAAAACAAACCAUAAAACACUAAAACAGGAGCCGAGUCUCAUGCAGGGUUAAAAGCCAAUGAAUACAAUUGGGUUUUAAGACGAGUUUUAAAAACCUUAACUAUCGGAAAGUUCAAAAAGUAUCUCUAAAGCUAGACUUUUUCACUGCAGAGCUGUUUAAUGGAUGCUAGGUAGGUAGGUAGGUAGGUUGAAUUUAUUGUCCCCGUGAGGAAAUUCAUUUGCAGUAAGUUAAAGACAUGCACAAAGACAGCACACAUACACAUUUCCAUACACUGUCCAAUAUAAAACAAAACGAUUCAGAAAAGACAAUAUAAUAGUGCCAAGUUGAAUAUUAAUUUGUGAAAAAUAAACAAGUUUAGAGUCUGUUUAUGAUACUGUUUUUCAUUUGCGGGAAAGAUGAAUAUUUAUGACAAUAUUGUUUACCUGCUCCGACAUGGAUAAGCUCAGUCAGACCAAAUUAGAUUAAUCCUUUAGAUCUAAAACUUCUCAUAAUUUUUCACAAAUUAAGGUCAUCUUGUUCAGUCAGCUGUACGCACGUUGAAGUAAAUAUGUAAUAACCAUACACAAAAAUAGCCUUUACUUUAAAGAGAGGGUAUUAUGCAUUUUCUUCAGAUUCUACACUUCCUGUCUCAUUACUCUUUAAUAUUGAACUAGUAAGUGGAGCAUAUGAUACCUACAUAAGCAUUUUAGCGAAUCUCAGGUUUUUGUGCAGUCUCACAUUUUGAACAGUUUACAUCCGUUUUCUAAGAUUAAGACAACGUUGUGAUUUGAAACUUUGCAUAGUAUGGACACCAAACUUUGUGACUUUGCAGUUUUUGUUGUAAAUGUGGAAAAGCAUAACAACACUCAUUUAAAUGUACAUAACAGAGUAUGAAUACUGAGGCAGUGGACAUCAUUCCUUCUCUUUCUUCAACAUGGGUUCACACAAAUAGACAGAGAACCAUGUUGCCUUCAUUUGAAAACUCUGCCCUCUAUUGUUUUUAAACACGCACUAAAUCCUCAACUUCCAUUUGCACAUGACAGCUGCAGAUGCAUCCCCUGUCACUUAAAAAAAUAAGUCAAUAAGGAGUUUUUAAACGUUACCAGACCCUCCUCUUCUCUUUCUUGCCUGUCCUUCCCAUCAUCCAUCACUCCUCUCCUUUUGCCUCUCUGGAGAAAUUGACUUUUUGUUUCAACACUAGACUUACAGUUACAACAUAUAAGCAUGUUAUUUGGUUGUUUUUGAACUUCUGCUGCGCAACAAAUAAUUUAUACAGUAAUGUUUAUGAGGAAAUGUGUUUUUCGGAGCCAUGGGCCGAACAAUGCUGAACUCUACUCUUGUCAGUUUGGUCCUAAUGUUUCUACACUGAGUGCAGGAUCAGCACUCAAUGUAUCUGAAACCAAAGACCUGAACAGUUUUAAAUGAAGUUCAGCAAAGGUAAAGACCAGAAAAAGAGAAAAAAAUAAGCUUGCUGUAAGAGUCCCCUGGUUCCUCACUUUAUCAAUGCUCAUUUCCUAAAGGCAUGGUUGACAAUCUGAGAAGCAGUUGAAAAAAACUGAGCCGUUGAGGCAGAUUUGAAGAAAGUGUCCCACCCCCCACACAAAAACCUCUCCCCUCUGUGCUUCACGAUAACUCCCCCUUGAACCUGUAUCGCUCUCCCCAAGACACACCCCCACUGGCAGAGGUAAAAGACAGCCGGCAGAAGAUCCUAUGCUAGCUUCAAAUAGAAUUCACCAUGUUGGAUUGCUAGUGACUAGCAGCAGUAAACGCCAGCUCUGCUAGUUCUGUGAGAACCGUCUGCAGCUGCCUGGACAGCUACCAUGUUGACAUUGCAGAGACUAAUAAGAGUUAUUUAUGUAACGUGCCACGAUAAAAGGCAAAAAUGACCUGUUCAACAAAAACUGCUGUCUCAGUUUUCAGGCCCAAAUCCAGGCGGCGCUCCCUCCACCUCUUGAACGAAGACCCGAGGUUUAUUCGAGUUAAAUUCCUCACCUCAGUCACAUUUUCCCUACGACUCUGUCCUUUCUUCUGUCAGCUUGCAUUUUCUUAGCACUUUUGGUGGUUGUUUUUUUUGCGUCCUUCUCCAUCACAGCUCCUGUAGCUAAGCUGCUGCGCUGCUUUUAGCCACUCAGAGCGCCGAGGAGGGCCAGGAGAGUGGGAGAGGACGAGUCGGAACUACAGGAGAGGGGUGUGUUGAAUACAGCGAGGUGAUUGGAUGGAGAGGCGGAGCUGGAGAUUGACCAAUAGGAGCUGUCCGGGACAGAUAGCUCCUAUUGCUCAAUGUUUUUGCAGCCCUGCACCUGCUAGGGUGAACAGAUUUUUUCCAUUCUUUUUUCUCAUCACUUGGAGAUCGCCCUAUAAGACCAUGAUCACCAUAUAAACAAGGUUCAUAAUAAAAAGUACCAAUCUCUCCUAUCAUCAUCCAUGCCUUUGAAAUUUAUAACUCUUUGUGGACUUAUUAAACACUUACUCAUGAACCAACCUUGUCUUUAAAGAAUCAGGAAUUUUGUGUCUCACAAUUAAAAUGAAAAUGGCAAGUUAAAGCUCAUGUGUUGAAAUUGUAGCUGGCUGUGAUUGGACUGAAACUAAUAAUGGUGUCUCUUUAUGACCUAAAAAGCAAACAUUUAAAUGUCUUUACCCACUGGCAGGGGGGUAGGUGUUUUUGGAUUUCAAGAUGACUCUAAAAUAAUGCAUUGUGGACUGUUUCACAUGUUUUUGAUUGUAGAUAAGUUGGAUGAUGUUUGCCCAGCAUCAUUACAGUUAAAUCAUUUGAGCUUUCCCACUGUGCACUGGUUUUGUAGUCGACAUACAGUAUAGUUACUCAUGUUAGACAGCAACAAUCCAGAAUGAGCUCUCUGUCCAACCAAUCCUGAGAAAAAGGAUUUCUCAUGCUGUGCACAUGUGCAAGAUUAAACUAAUUCUAGUUUGGGCUGAAUCCAGAUAAAUGAAGGCAUCAGUUAAUAAGCUGCACUCUGCAUACUGUUAUGAGUACAUUCUGCUUAUGUUCUCAACCUGAAAUGAUUUAAUACUUCUCCAAGUCACUGACAGACCACCCCUCUUCUUACCUUUAAUAGACACGUCAUGACUCAGGGCGAUAAUAUGAACUGAGCGGUGUUUAGUGCCCUUAAGGCAUCAAUUUUGCACAUUUCUUCACUAAGGCAAACUUUUCACCUCAGCAGCUUCUCCAAAGAUAUGCACCAUACAUGUGCAGUGUGUCUGAAAGGGAGUACAGCCACAUAUUCUCAUCUUUUAAGAUUUUUCAUUUCAGCGAUCUUCUAUAAAUGACAGUUAAAUAUCCCAGUUGUGGUGCAGCGAGACAAAAAGUCUGGUUUACACUUGUGUGUUUUAUGUCUUCUAGAUAUUACCGGCUGGAGACCAGACCCAGUAGCCCCUUUGCGAUGGUCUGCCAUUCCUGCCAGAACGCACCACCCAACACCAAAGAAUGUGAGACCAACAUCUUCCUCCCCCCUCUUCUUCCUUCCGCUCAUCUCUUUUCAACCUACCCCCACAACAUCCUCUAUUAAGUCUACGAAUUUCCCCUUUUUCCUCUUCAACAUGUAUCUUCACACAGACCUGUUUUCCUCUGGAUUCAAAGCUAGCCAACAUUAAAGUUGUCUGUCUAAAUGAAAGGAAAUAAAAGGGGACAGGCUGGGCAAAAGCAGAUGUUGAGAGCCUGGACUUGGUUUGGGGGAAUUGUUGGAAUUCAGAGGUUGUGUAUGAGUUCUGCCAGAGUCUAUGGUCCCUGUCCUCCCCCAUUAAAAGACCCUGUUGAUGGACAUAGAGGAACAAAGUAACACCUCUGCAAUUUCUGCCUUUUUGGCAAAAGAUGGGUGUUUGACAGCUUAUCCCUAACUUUCCCAGCAUACCUGACACUAAAUCCAACGGUUGAAUGUUCAUGCAUGGCGCCAACUGUUGCUGCGACCACAUACAGAGCCAUUAAUAUUUAACAGAGGAUGUCAGCCUUGUUAGAGCUCAAUAUGAAACAAUGACGCAAAAUGUUAUAAAAAUAAAACAAAAAAGUAAUAAGACCCGAAAUGUAUAACUGGUCAAUAGCGUAACAAGAAGCUGAGCCCAAAACGUGUUAAGUUUUUGCCCAAAAUGUAGCAACUUGCUAUAUUUUAGGCUUUAUUACAGUUUUUCUAUAACAUUUGGGGUCAUUAUUAAAUAUCGGGCUUUAACAUGCCAGCAACAAUAACCCACCUGUCAAUCAUCUAGUGGCAGGUCAUCUAUCAAAAUAACAGAUAAAUGAUUGGAAUUGUCAGCGAUUGUCUUGUCUUGUCAAUUGUAUAUCAUAAAAAGACAUGAGUUUGAAUGCUUCAUCGUCAGUUAAAAACUCCACAGGAGGUUUAAGCUAAUUUUAUUUGCAGAAAAAUGCUCAGUGUGUUGUCAGCUAAGGUUGGUGCAAAUAUGUCACGGUAACACAGUAACUCCACUAUAAGUUACCUCUCUAUGAUCAUGACAAAACAUCAAUAUUAGAGAGGGUUUAUUAACGGAAACUGCUGUACGUGGAAGGGAAAAUACUAUGCAUAAGUACGUGUAUGCAGAUCUUCUGUAAGAGGAGGUGUGCAAAAACACAUACCUGCAAUCUCACCCCCAAAUCAGACCUUUCAGAUUCAUAGAUGUCUUUUUUGUUAUUUACAGCACAGCUUUUUUUUUUUUACGUAAGUUUGUCAUCGCCUAGUUUCUGGAUGUUGUACUGUCCCCUUUUUGUAAUUUACAUUCUCUCCAAACAGGGCAAAAUUAAGUCUAUUUAAAUAUAAAAAGGUAGAUUUCCUGUUACUUUCUUUAAGAUCAAAAAUUUCCACAGCUUAUGCUUAUUCAAGUGAGAUAAAAAGUCUUUUAAUUGUCUCAGUAUUUCUAUGAAGUUUUCAGUUAGUUGUGAUGAAAUGAAGUGACUUAUGAUGCUACUGCACGAUGGAGGUAAUUUUCUGUAAUAUGGUUAAUGUAAAACAGUCUAAAAAAAGGGGGGGGGGGGGUACUUGUCAAGAUGAGUGAUCAUAACUAAGGUGGGGCAGAUAUUUUCACUAUCCAGAAAUAUCAUUUGCGGGUUUCUCCAGAUGGGAUAAGUGAUCACAUUGACCCUGUUUUGGACCCUUACCCUUACUGCUAUAAGAACAAUAUUUAUGGUCCCAAAAUUGCUCAAACCUCCUUUGAGUGUAAUUGAAGACCUCGGAAAUGAAGGUUAUUGUUGUUGUGUCAUUUUUAAUGAGUGUGUUUUGAAAGAUGAAAACCCCAAAAAGCAGCCCAGGCCUGCAGCGGAGAGGAGAGGGAAAACUGUGCGACUGAACGUGUGAGUGAGUGUGUAUGAAUAAACACUAGCUUUUCAGCAGCGCUUUAAUUGUUUCUCUCGGGCAAGGAAAGGAGUGAUUGAUUUGAACAUUGGCAAGCUGGUUGAGUCAUUCCAUUUUUGAUUUGGAUGAAUCAAUCAUACCAAACAGUUUUUUGUUUUUUAAAUGUAUUAAUUAAUUUAUUUGUCCUUUGACUCCAUGAUUAAAGCCUGUAGCUGCACACAAUCUGAAGAUAAAUCAUUUGACACCGUUUUUAUGUAUUAGUUUGAAAAACAAGACACAGUGUGACGUUUUCACAACCAAACCUGAAAGAUGCUGCUGGUAUGAGCUAAAGCUAGGAGUUCUACAUGCUCAGGGUGAAGGCAGGCUGACACUCGCCAUGUAAUCUGUAAAUUACCCCAGCUCCUGCCCCACGCUGUGUGUGCGAUAAUUAAAUCUUUAGUGGGUAUGAAGAGGAAAGAUGAUUAGCAUGUUAGUGCUUGCACUGAUGCUACUCUUUGGCAGGCAGGCUUUAUGAGUCUGGAGGUCCGUUUCCACUGCCACUUUUAAAAGUUUUAUUGACUUUUAUUUAUAAAAUGGGCAACCAUACAACUGCAUACCAGAAACUGUAGUAACUGAAGGAACAUUAGUUUAACCUCCCGGAGAUACCUGACACACUUGGCACACAGAUGUCAUGAAUUUACAAAGAAGUCUGUUUGAGAAGUUAACCCUCUGCCUCAUACCUGCUUGAAGAGGUAUCUCUAUUUAAACCUCAAACAAAAAAGACUUUGAUUUCUUUAUUUCCCUCACUCUGUAAUCCUGCACCUCGAAGUUUGUUUGGACUUGAGAACACAGAUUGCCCUGCAGAAUUAUCGCUCUGCUCUGCAGUGCACUGUACACUCAGCCUGCAAGACAUGAUUAAGAGAUGAAACCACAAGACGCUAAACAGAAUUCCAGUUCAGGCUCAUAUCCUUAUCCAGAGAGUGUAAACACAUACCCAAAGUUAAUGUCUGCAGCCACAGGGCACUGGUGUGUGUCUGUGUCGACAUGAGGCUCCGAGACCAUGGGAAGCGGCAGGGCACAUGCCAGAAAAGAUCUACAGUAUAUCAACUUGGUGAAAUAAAAGACUGAUUAAAAGAGCUGAUUUAUGAGCUGCCAGGAGUUUACAGCUCCAUUAGGAGAGGAGAAACAGUUGAUGAAUAAUACUGACAGAGAGGCAGGGGGGUGAUUACAAGCAAUGGAUGCCUGCCUGUGUCCACAUUUCCCAAUAUGAGUAUGUUUACUUUGGUGGGAGCUGAAGGCGACAAAGUAUGGAGCUAAAAGUGUUAGUACGGAUCAUGUGCUGUAUUAAAGGAUAUAUCUUACCCUUCAGGUUUUAAAACUACAACAAUAACAUGCCCCGAUCAAUAUAAUGUCCAAACUGAAGGUAUUUCUGGGCCUUUAUCCAUGAACGGAUAAGAUACUGAAUACAUUAAAGUCCAUAACACCUAAUCUGACCCGUCUUAAAUAAUGAAACCUUUUCAGAGAAGUAGUUCAUCAUUCAUUCAUUCAUUUUUAAAGGAAUAGUUCACCAUGCCUGGAGGAAUGUUGGUUCACUUCUAAGGUUACAUGUUGUCACACGUGCGAUGUUCGUACUUGGUUAAGCACAGAGACCAGAUAAGAGGGGAACAGCUACCCUGGCUCUACUCUAAAAAAAAUCAGCACCUUUAAAGCUAAGUAAUGAUCAUGUGAAUUUUUAACAUUUUUUUUAUCAAGCUGCUUUUAGCUUUGAAGCACAGCUGACAAUUUGCUUGAUCUUCUGCCAGCUGCACCACAUUAAGUAAAGACCAGCGUUCUGACAAGACACCUGGCUCACGAGACAAAACGGGACACUAUUUCUAAGAUAGCUAAAUAAAAUAUUGGUCUGAAAAAUGCCCAAAUUCAAAUUAGAGUGUUUUUCCACUGUGGAUAAAUGGUCAUUUUUCAAUACCCUUUCUCAUGUAGCCUCUAUACAUAUGUUGCAUGACAGGGUUUUAUAGCUAGACGAUAACACGAAGAUCUGGGUGUGCUCAAUACUUACUGAAUUAAUAGUCAGUUGUACUAUAAGACUUUCUAACUGUGCCUAACAAGACAUUUGCAGUAAAAUAAAUGGGACUGAAGGUGUUUGUCUGCUGUCUACAGGUGAGUCAACAGGUGAACCGAAAGAAAAACCUCCAAUCGACCCCAGCAGCACCACGGUGUUUCCUCAUACACAUAAAGGUAUGACUUUACAUGGACAGAAGCGCACACACACACGCACGCACACACACACAUAAGCAGCUGGGAUGACACGUUUCAUCCACCUCCUAUUACCAUAAUUAAUUGUUUAUAUUUCACUAACACUUCUUUACAUCAUCACCUUCAUCUUUCAGAUCCCACUGGACAGGGUCACUUGGCAACAGCUCUCAUUAUCGCCAUGUCAACCAUUUUUAUAAUGGCCAUCGCCAUUGUCCUCAUCAUCAUGUUUUACAUCCUAAAGGCCAAACCCAGCAGCCAGGGUACGACUACACACAGACUCACAGUCACACACACACACUUGUGACAAAGGUUAGUGUUGAUAUUUUCUGAUGCUACUCCUGUGUCUGUUUGUCCACAGCAUGUUGUUCAGGACAGGUUGUAAAGGCGGUGGAAGCUCAGGCCAACAAACAGGAAGACAAGAAAGAUGUUCCAGGCAAGAUAUUAAAAUGACUUACCUACUGUGUGUUAUGAUAUCAUCAAUAUCAGAGUUUGUGAGAUGGAAAUUGUUUUGAUAUUGAUCAAAUGAGAAGUCCUCCAGGCAGACUAUGUGGUUUUGUUUCAGCUUCAGUAAAUCAGAGCACAAGAGAGUGGGUCUAGAGAGACCAUUUUCCUGCACCAUUCUUUGGGCUCUACUUGCUGUUUCAGAUGUAGUUUGGUAAAAAAGUGGGGGACACCAGUUUAUUACUCCAGACGCUGGGGUAUGAUGUGAGCUCACCCCUCUAUACCCAGGAGGUUGUUUUGUCCAAGGUGCAACUUAAAUCUGGCCUUUACUGGCAGAUUUCUUGCCAUGACACAGAGAGCUUGUUAAAUAAGUCAGAAGCGUGACUGGCUGGACAGCACCACAUGCCCCUUGAUGCACCUGUGGCCAGUGGAUGUCAAACAGUGCCAGCAGAGGGUUAGCUGUGUGUAAACAGGCUUCUAGUGAAACUGAAUGAGGUUUAGAAAGUGAUUAUUGGACUGGUCAAAUCAAUAGAAAACAUUUAGGGAUAAACGACUGUAAUUCUGACAUGUAUCUAUUUUUUAUACUUCUCCAAUUGUACCUAUUAUUAUAUUCAAUAUUAUUACAAUGCUGUUCUGGUUCCCUUAGGCUGGCCGUAACACCAACGUUUUUUUCAUCAUAUGCAUCAAUGCUGGGAAACCAGUGAGAUGGGAAAUUGGUUUUUGCAGAUGUGCUAUGUGAUGAACUUAACUUUACCCUUAGCCUUGUCCUCAGUUCUCCUCUUUACUUUUAUUCAACAGGACAAAGUUCAGCUUGCGCUUGCCCCCGACUGCCCUCCGCUUAUUUAGAGAAUUUAUAACCGCAUGAUCUGUGUUUGACGUUUCCAACUCGUAGUGUGGUUUCGACAACUCUGCGGUUUGAAUGUCACAUGUAUCUAAUGAUUUUUCCAUCUCACCAGAACAGAAGUUCAAAAAGCAUAAAUAAAUGAAAAAAUUGUAGAUAUAAGUAUAGCAUUACAGACAGAAAUAUUGUGAAAUUAUGUGCCAGCCAUUUGUUUUCCAUUGUUUUCAUUUACAUAAAGAAGAACAGUAACCGACUGAUCCUUUCCAUGUUUUCAUAAGCGUUCCUUCCACGUUGCCAGUUUAAAAAAAGUCAACAAAUACAGUAUUCACAGAGUAGCAGAUGCAGUUUAAACAUAAUCAGCUCCCCACACAAAGCUGCACAAUUAUAGUCAUAAGGAAAACUGUCAUUAGUUGCCUUCCAUCCUUAGUUCUUCCUUACUCCAAAAUUACUCCAAACAGUCACAGUGACAGAGCAUACAAUCUGUUUAACAGCCGGUUAUGACAUCAAAGGAUACCACCCAGCAGGGAUUAGAGCAAUGCUGUGUGUAAUUUGACUCAAUCCUGCUGCAAAACAUUAAUUCAGGUAUCUGUGUGUCUGCUUUGUUUGUUAAGCUCUAUUUCACACUGAAAAAAAGUUCCCUUCAGGAUUUACUUCAGUCAAGAUGGAAGAGUGUGGAGCAGUAUGAGCAGAUGAACCAUGGGAGACCUGAGUUCAUGUUAAGAUCUGCCUUGCGACAGCCAAUACAAAGCAGAUUAAAUCUACAUGAAAUAUUUAAUCAGAAGGAGAGAAUCGUUUCGUAAGGUCUGACUCAAUCACAUCUAAAUGUUAAUCUGAGUCGGCUCUGUGUGCCAGCCGAGUAUGUGUGUGCAUGUUUCUGUUUGGAGCAUAUGCUAAUGAAACUGCUGGUUCACUGUGUGUGUGUGUGUGUGUGUGUGUGUGUGUGUGUGUGUGUGUGUGUGUGUGUGUGUGUGUGUGAGAGCAGGCUGACAGACCUGCUGCAUGAUGAGUACAUCAGGGUGGAAUGUGAAGCUGCCAAAGCUAAAGCCAUACGUUGCUUUAGGCGCCAUUUCUCCUGACAAUGAUGCUCUGUUCAAUUUCAUUCCCAGACUGACUGACUAACCACUUACAUGUGGUGUAGAUGAAUACACACUGACAGACACACACACUCAUGUGUACACAUAGACACUCACCUACUGUAACGGUGGCCACAGACACAUUAUGUGGUAUAAAGAGGUCGCUGGCUUAAUAAUUUAAUAGCUGAAAGGCACAAUAAAGUCGUUAAAGUAUGAUUAGAAAAUUAAUGUCGGCUUUGUUACUUAAUGUUGGUUACAGCGAGUGUGUGUGUUUGUGUGUGAGAAUCCUAUUGCUCGCGGCUCUACCGGAGCUAGCUGUCAUUCAAGUAGACGCUGAGUUAAUAAGGCUUUGAGAUGAAAGACACUGAUGCUUAAAAUCACAAACACACGCACACAUGCACGCACACCCACACUCUCUAUCUUUCUCACACACACACCCACACCCACACCCGCAUACACAGUAUGUGGAGUAUUUGCUCCACUUAAGCAUCCACUCAUCAAGCUGUCUGUCUCUAUCAGUGUCCAUGAUCGAAGUGUGAUUUCCAUGAUAUCAGUGUAAUCAUUUUGAACACCAUGUCACCUGCAGUUCAUCUAGUUGAGGUAUGCAUCAUUUUAGAAUUAAAUAUCAGCAAUUCAGUUAAAUCCAACUCAUGCCAGGAUUGACAGUUCAGAGCUGUGAUUCUGUAUCAUAACCAUCCACCAUGUUUCCACACUUUAAACAUCAACCACACAUCCUAUUAUCUAACAUAUUGUGUUUUUAGACGUGUACAUUCGAUACAUAAAAAAAAAAAAUAAUAAAUAACAGAAAAAGUGUUUGAGGCAGAAGCAACACUCAAUACUCAAAUUUCAUUUGCAAACUUAAAGUGAUUACCACUGACAGCCCCAGUGGUAUGUGGUAAAAUCAACCUGGCAAUUUUUAAUACACAACCCCUCAAGUAACAUAAGGUGACAAUAUUUGUCUUGUGUGCAGUUAUAAACCUUUGUAAAAAAUCAGGGUAAGGUUUUAGUCGCCGCAUUUUGCCCUUCAAUGUAAUUAUAUGCUUUAUUUUAAUUUUUUGAUACACAUUUUUACACUGGAACUGAGAUUUUUUGUUGAACAUAAGCACCCUCUGUUGGGUAGAGUUAAAAGAGUGUGCCCCAUGUUCUGUUCAACUGUCAUAUUGAUUUUUUCAGAAAUUUUUCUGAAUACUCUCAGAAAAGGGCCUAACUCAAAGUCUUUACAUGGGCGAUUAUACUCCAAGGAUAGUAUCACAUGAUCUGUUCCACUGAGUAUUUGGAUAAUUUUACCAGAGAUUGGCAGCAUCAUGAAGGACUGACUGAAGGGGGAAAAAGGUCUUUUUUGUCUAAAAGUGACAUAGGUGUUAGGUUUAAAACCUGCUUGCAUUUACCUGAAAUAAAAGGAGAAAGACAAUGGAUUAUGUUUGAGAAAUGGACAGAGAUCUGUUUUAGCUAUCUCAGUACCACUCUAAGGAUACUUUCUCUGUCCGCAUCUUUUAUUUAGAGAUGUCCCUGGUUACACAAUGUUUCUAAAAGGGUGGGGGUAAAUGUGCUGCAAAGUAAGCAUUUAAUAAUGAACAAUUUGUGAAUAGCUGAAGGUCAAGGCGGCAUCUAACGAGCUCCUUCUGAUAUGCGUGUAUCCUUCCCAGAAUCUCCCUACGAUUCAUCCUCGGAGGAUACGUCACCCCCACACCCACACCUGCUGAUAGGAAAAACACGGUCACAGAAAGAGAAAGAAACUUUGAUGUCUGUGUAGUAAAGCUAUUGGAGAGAGAAGUUAGGAAACACUCUUAUAUGAUAAAAAUACUCUUAUAUAAUUUAUAAAAAGAUGUCAAAGCAGUUUAUACUUGUAGUAUAAACUCUUACAUAAGAAUAUGAGGAAUAAUGAUAACUUCUAUAUACAUUUAUGCACAUUAUUCUAACAAUAGGCCAUUAUUUUAAGAAGGUGACGAGAUGCUAUCCUAAUGUACAUGAAGUCAGAUCUUCCUGGUGAAUAUGCUCUUUAUCCCUGUGGUAUGUAAGUGAAAUUCUGUAAAAUUAAUUUCAAUUUUUUUUCUGAGUAUACUGGUUUGCAGUGAAUUUAUUGCUGCCCGCCACAGUAUGUUUACGAACAAUAUACUUAUGAGAAACUUUUGAGAAACAAUUGCAGCUGUUACCAACUCCCAAUUGUUGUCUAUUUGUAAUUUUAAUCUUGCUGACUUUUUUGUGUUCAAUUAUUGCUUUUAACCCUUAUAUGCCCCCUUUUUGUCUUUUAGACAAUGUGGUGAUUUAUUCAGAGAAAGAUGAGUUUGACAAACUAAAGGCUCCUCCUCAGAAGAUGGUGAAAAGGUGAGAGAUUUGUCCAGUUUAAAGAAACAAACUCCAUGAAAUGAAUGAAUGGAUUGUUUUUUAGUUAAUGAUUAUAUCCUCACAAGGGUGUACUGUGUUUUUCUAAUCCCGUAUCUCCUGAUUGCAUUGCUGCUUCUGGCGCCCUUUUUUUUCAUCUGAGUUUCAAUAUUUAAAAAAAUCCCCAUGGUGGUGUCUGUAUGUCUGUGAAUUAUGUUAACCUUGGGGUACAUAUGUGUUUCAACACAGCCUAAACUAUUUAUGGAUAACUUUGUGUUUACUACUUUAUGUGUGUGAACCCCAAUAACAGUAAAUGUACCCUCCUAAUACAUCAUAUACUUGAGAAUAUUUCAGACUGCAUCUAUGGGUGUUCAUUUGAGUGUGUUUGCAUGUUGAUUUGGCAACAUAGAGACUUUAUACAACAUUAAGAGUGUUUAUUUCAGUACUUGCAUAAGAUUAAGCAAGUCUCUGCAGUAGAGGUAAUGCUAUUGCCCCCUUUUUUUUCCAGCAGCAUCUACAAGGACUUACAGUAUUUGUGCCUGUGUGUGUGUGUGUGUGUGUGUGUGUGUGGGCAUGAAAACAGCAAGCAAUUUGGGUUAUGGGCUUUUUUCAUGAAACAGCAAGCCAUUUUGUGGCUUUGGAGCGGGCAGAGAGGUGGGUUUUGGGUUUUUCUCUGAGGCAGCAUAAAUGAGCCCUAAAGCCAUGCAAACAGUAAAAGAUGGACAGAGGAGGGGGGUGUCGACGCCGAUAGGGGUAUUUAUUCUAGGCUGCGCCUAAAACCACCACCAGGUGAAAGCAUGUCUUGGCAGACAACAAAAGAACAACAGUUUUCUCACCUUCUCUCUGUGUGCGUCUUAUCUCACCAUGUGCAGACAAUAGUGCUUUAUGGGUACUAGUGGCUCGAGUGCUGGGAGAAGUGUGGGAACACUUGAUAGCACACAGUAUUAGAAACAAAGCGACAGUGGGCCAUUGUGCUCAAAUGUUACUGUGCCCAAUUUGACCAUGCCGGUAUUGAUACUCAGUUCCAGUGAAAAAAGGAGGGAUGCAAAUUAUAGAAUAGAUGAGACACACAUACAUAUCCACACACACACACACACACACACACACACACACACACACACACACACACACACACACACACACACACACACACACACACACACACACAGGCACACCUCUUCUUAGCAUUGAUGGCAAUAAACAGUGUGGUAAUGCUGCAUGCCAGAGGAUGUGCUAACUCACUGCUUUAGCUGCCAGCGUGGGUGUUAGGUGUCUGGGAAACAAAGCCAUUUUGUGUACACGUUCAGGAGUCGAGCUCAGGACGCUGAAACAAUGCCAUUCUGUGAGCAUCUCUGUCAACAAGGUGCUUUUGGGAGAAAAUCCAGUGCCGGCAUAUACGGAGGAAAAAGUCGGGUAAUAAAGUGAUAUUACAUGGUAUCAUGUUGUAAACGCCCCACUUUUUCAGUCAAUCACAGGAAGGAAUUAAAAACAUCAGCAGCCAUGGCAACGACAACAACAACCUCAUUCUUCCUCAAGUCAUUUUUAUCUGUCAAAGUCCCAACUAGAGCAUUAAAGGAGUCACUCUGUUUGCCUUGGCCGCCAGUGUAUAUAAAUACAUCUACUGUCUUUAUUUUAAUAAGCAGAACCAAAUUAGUGAGGAUGCAUUUGUUUAAGUGUGAGCCAUGAAAUAACAAACACAGGACCUACGAGUAAAAGCAGCUCAAACGAAUCAUGUCAAGCUCUUUAAAAACAUCUCUGAGUCUUUCGUAUACUGGUGCAUGAUAAGAGAUGUUAUUUUUUAUUUUUUUUAUGUACCUCACCAUUAUUGUAUAAAUGGGAGGAAAAACUUUAUAAAGGUUGGGCUAAUUGCAAGGCUGUUUAAUUGUUAGCUAUGUAACACUAACAAUUAAAUAAAACCUCAGCCUGCUGGUAACCUAACAAGAAACAACUGGCAGAGUGUGUGUGUGUUUGAAAUAUUUUAUGUGUAAAUAUGUUCAAAUAUGUCUUUGCUUCCAUCUGCAGUGAAAAUGACGCAUCGUCAGAGAAUGAGCAGCUCCUGAGCCGCAGCAUUGACAGUGAUGAGGAGGCGUCUGAGAAACAAAGUUCAGCAGAGACCAACAACCCCAAUGUUUGCCUUGUCAACAUGGCUAACAAACCCGACCUGUGCCUACUCUCUCUGGGCCUCUUAGACCGCGACAGAGUCUGCAACGGGAAAUCCGCCGUUGCAGCCAGUCAGGCAGAUAAUAUCCUAAGUCCCAACCACGUCAGCAACCUCAACCACAUCACCAGCACAAACCACAUCAGCAGCGUGAACGCAAUCAACAACAACAAUAAAACCCUAGGGGUAGGAAGACGAGGCUGUUAAUGAGCUUAGUGGAGCCAGAAAUACAUCAUUAUAAAUAGAUGAUGGUUCACUUUGAGUUGGAAAUCUCUUAAUGCUGUUAUCUUAUUUUUCACACAGAUGCUGCAGAGUCGGAGGAAAAAGAUCCUGGAUCUGUAUGCCAGAGCUUGCAAUGCAACAGAGGGUGAGACUCCCAUUCACAGACCAAAAUAUCCAUCUAACCAAGCCUUGUAAUUAAUUAUUGAUUUCUGCUCAUGCUGUGAGGACAUUUUACUUCUCUCUGGUGUAGAUAGACUUUCUUUAUGAACUGUACUGAAGUGAGAAAUGAAACUUAUUUACAAGUAAAUUGCUUUGGGAAGUAACAAACUGCAUUUCGGAAAAAGCAGUAUGUUAAACAGUACAAAGAGGAAAGCUUGAUCUAUACAUUACUUCCACUGAAUGCCUUACAGAGCAUCUUUUGGAUAAAAUCAAACAUUAGCACAGUCAAACUGGAUUGUUUAAGCAGCAUCGAUGGCUGAUGGGGUGAGGACCAAACAUGAAGAUUUCUGUUGUGAGGUCGUACUGAAGUAAUGUCAUCUGAAAUUCAUCUGGUCUAUAUAACUAUGCUUAAAUGUGGGUGUUUGAUAGAUUGCUUGUUUAUAAUCAUCCUUUUCAUUUUCAGCUUUUGCAUGCUAACCUUUUAAGAUGAACCUUAAACACAAAAGGCAGGUACAUUUUACAAGCACUGAACACAAACAUGCUUGAGGCUGGUGAAACUGAAAAAGUGAUGUUAGUGGUAGAAAGCAUUAAAUGCGGAUACGUGUAAAGACAAGCAGAGGGGCACUAAACUGUUCGCCUGAAAAAGUAAUGGUGGAAGCUGACGAGAUGUUCACCACCCUACUAAGUAAUCCAUUUUACAUGAUUAAAGUCAUGCACAGAAAUAGUAGAAUAGAAUAAACCAAAUGUUCACAUGAGGAGUCAGAGGAUCCUAAAACUCACCUAGGACCUUGACUUUGAGCGUACUUGUUUAUCCAGUAUUUGACUGAUUUUAAACUGACCAACAUUUCCAUCCUCACCACCAAAUCACUUGUGUGAUUAAAAAUCAAAUACCAUCCAUAGCUGUGCUUGACACCAUACUCUGACAGCUCUAACCCUCAUGUUCCUCUGCAGGCCUGAGCCCCACAGAGCUCCCCUUUGACUGCCUGGAGAAGGCCAGCCGCAUGCUGAGCUCCUCCUACAGCAGCGAGGCGGCUGUUGUGAAGACAUGGAGGCAUCUGGCUGAGAGCUUUGGGCUAAAGCGAGACGAGAUUGGCGGGAUGAGUGACGGCCUGCAGCUCUUUGAGAGAGUGAGCACUGCAGGAUACAGCAUCCCUGAUCUCCUGACACGCCUGGUACAGAUCGAGAGGCUGGACGCUGUAGAGUCGCUCUGUUCAGACGUCCUGGGCAGCAGUGAGAUGGCAAUGGCAGCCGGGCGACGGGGCAUAAACAGCUUUCACAGCCAGUUAGUAUGUCCAUCUCCAUGCCCUUCUCCAUCCCAGCGCUGUGCCAGUGUCUAAAUAUGCGCUGGAGCAAAGACUUCAGAGACUUGGAUGCCUUACAGUAUAUGGACAGAUACUGCUCUGACAAAGAGGACAGCACAUGUAGAGUAUCCACUAUAUUCCCAUCACAUGAAGAAUUUCAGAUAACCUCCCUAUGCACAAUCCUUUCUUUCUUUCUUUCUUUCUUCUGUGGGUUUCUCUGUCAAGAAGCUAGUAAACCUGAAUACUGAGUAUAACUUCGAUCUUCCUUCUCCUGAAGUGUUUAAACCAAAAUUCACAGACCAAAGAGUUAAAACUUUAAAGCUAAGGUGUGCUAUUGUCUAGUUUGCCAGUUCAGACAUUUUGGCCUUUAAAGGAGCAAAAUAUAUCAAAACUAGAUCCUGUUUUAAUGGAUUUUUACAUUUUACCUGUGCUACGUAAUGCUAGAGGAUGUUGGUCAAUAAUAGACAGAACAACAGUGAGCUGGAUGCAAACAAAGAAUCGAGUUUACUUUUAUAUUUCCUAAUUUUUGUGGGUUAUGCAGUUUCAGACGAGCAGAGGCAAUGGUGUGCUGAUGGUAAGGGUCACUGUGCAGCUCCUCAGCAGCAGUGCUACAAUAGUGCCUUUGUAAUUAACAAACUCACGUGAAAGAAAAACAAAUAUGAACUCUCUCUCUGGGAUUUGUGAUCAGGACUAAAAUCUUUUGAUGAUGCCACAACCUGUAACUCUGAGUAGUAGCUUGUGUGCAUGCAAAGAAAGCAAAGUGGGCAUAUUUAUAACUAUACUUUGAGCUAUGGGGCCACCAAACAGCAAGUACAGCAGAUAUGGACUUGAUAGUUGGAAUUGAAAUAUGUAAGAUUACAAAUAUCAGGUUUUAUCUGGUAGUUAACUCAUGUUGUCUUGUGCUGAGUUCUAGUGCUCUUACAAACACUACAGGACAGUAUUUUCUCCGUUACAGAGUCCUGUUAAGAUAUUAUGUUGGUUAUUUGUGACCAUAUGGUGUUAAUUUCUGGUUGAUUUAGUGAAUUAUUUUCAUCUGAAACACUGACUCAGCUUUAUUAAUCAACAUCAGUAUACUAAAUGUGGAAACAGUGAUAAAAAUAUACAGUUUACAGGACAGUUGGAGUGAACCAACCCCCCCUGAGGUACUGUAACUGGUGUGUUCAGUGUUAGUCCUCUGUGAUGCUUGAAUACAGCACUGCUCUGCUGCUCACUUACACUUAUGUAAACCUGCACAACUCAACACUCACACAGCAGCAUGCUGUCUCUUAUGGUAACUACUUCCUCAGCAGUGACCCAGUCUGUGACCCCCUACCUCUAUAAUUCGUCUUUUCCCCACAUUUUCCCCUUUACCUCAAUGCUGCGGUCUUGUGCUGCCGCCAGACCUAAUUAUUUGGCGUGUGGCUGCCUGGGCCCCUAAUAGGCUGAAGUGUUGUGGUUUACAGAGCGGGUGCAAAGUGCCUGUGAUUUCCAGCACCCAAUUAAGCAUUUAGGGCCACUUAACCACUGAAAGCCCAGUGGAAAAGCUUUAAAACCCUGUAUUAAAAAGAGAGAUGGCACAGCAGAGGCAUGACUAACUGCCCCUGGGGGCAGCUGCGCCAUGAACGGUGCAGGAAUGCAGCUGGUCGUGGUGGAGGCAGUGCUAUGGUCGUCUGACCUUACUCAGCUUUUGCGGUCAGCUCAGUCAUGCUCAGAAAGGAUUUCAGCUCCCCUCUCGCUGCCCUUGGGGACCAAUAAGGCAAAUGAGAACAAUAUGCAGCUGUCCAGGUUACAGUCCUCUGUGAGGCAGCUGAAGCAAGUGUUGUAGGUAAAGAGGCACAGUGGAGCUCUGCCAAGCAUUCAGUUCAACUUUCUAAAAAGGUUCAAGUAAAUGCACAUUUGAGCUCCAUUAAUAGUCAUGAUGUUAAGAGAUAAAGUGCUGUAGGUUAGCAUCUCACUUUUAUGGAGCAGUUAAGCUUCAAAACGCAGCAGUAAGCUCUAAAUGCCAACUUAAAUAAGCAUUGCCAAGACUCCCUUUGAUCCCAUUUCUUGGUAAUAAGGCAGAUCUUUAUCUGGUGCCUGAUGUUGUCAGCAUAAUGUCCCAUGGCAGCUCUGCAUAAAAUCAAAUACAUCAGCUGCUGCCAAGUUCUUUGUCUAAUCCUUUUUGUUCAUUUUCACAGAGCAAACUUUGGGGCUGGACUCCAGUGCUUUAAAUUAAUUAAUGUGAAUGUUUAUCAAGCAUGUAAUCAUCUUUGUUCUCUUCAUUACCAUCUGUCUAGUCAAAUUAAACAUUUACAGCCAAAUAUGCUGCUUUUCCAAGCAGACAUGUCUACAUCAGAGCCGAUACAUUUCCAAACAAGAAACAGAUUACUAUGACCUGGAUGACUGAGAACCUUCACAGACAUUUCCCCAAAGGUUUACCUUGUUUUCUUAACCAUGUUUUAUGCUGUUUAACUUUUGUAAAUAAUCUUAAUGGUGUUUCUGUUGAACUGAAAUGAAAUGGACCAAAGCCCUGUUUCCACACAGGCUAAAUCUUGUCUGACACGUAUUAUGAUGAUAGGAUGAAAUACAGAAGCCAAACAUGAUGUACUUACCUCAGUAGCACACACAGUAUAACAGAAUAUGUAGAAACACACACAAGCUUUUCACAGAACCAAGUAUAACUGUAUAUAUAACUUAUUACUGUACAUACUGUAUACAUUAAUAAAGACAGAAAAAUGGC